GCCCCUUGUCAGCAGGCAUUUUCACAUGCUAGUGAGCCCUGGAUUUGGGCUAGGAGAGGAGUUUGGGAGAGAGAAUUUCGUUAAAUUGCAGCAAAUCUAGUGUUUUGCACACUGACUUCUGGUUAUGAGUCCAAAGCAGGUGGCCACCCUACUUACGCCCUCCAGAUGUUGCUGGACUCCCAACUCCCUUUAGCCCCAGCAAAUGUAGCCAGUGGUCAGGGAUAAUGGGAGACGGAAGUCCCAACAACAUUUAGAGGGCCACUUGUUGCACAUCCCUGUAUUAGCAGUCGGCUGUUGAAAGCUGGGGCUCUGAAAAGGGACAUUCCAGUGCAAGCGCGGCAGUUUCCUACCCAGAAAGCAAGAGGCACGUGCUUCGAGGUGGGGAGAGAGCGCUCGUGUUUAGCAGGCGAUGGUGCUCCUAGUGCCGCAUCCUCGGGGGCUGAAGCUCAUUAUUUGGGGUGGGUGGAACAGGUGAAGGGCAAGGGAGGGGGAGAAGCGUGCCAAAACGAUCGCAAGGUGGAGCAGGUGGCUCAAGGUGCUCCGAUCACCCCUCCUCUGCCAACGAGGCAUCGUAGCGCAAGCAGCUCGGAGCAGCUUCCCCGCAAGGACCGGCUGGGCAUCAUGGACUCCGUCGUGGCCUACGAAGGGACGAGAGAGGGCUACCGGUGCGGCUACUGUCACUCUGCCGGGGGGAAAGCAAGCCACGGUAAGAGCUGGGGGGUGGAAUAACAACUUCAGGAAGGCCCUAACUAAGGCGGGGGGGGCGGGGCGGGGAAGGUAGGCGCCGAUGUGCCUGCAGAGGAAAUCCCCGACUACGUAGCAACGGCUGCCAGCAGCACACCUGUCGCGGGUGCAUUUUUCUCUCCGCCGCUGUUACUUAACGCCCUUCCCUCAGCAAAGAUGGCGGAACUGGCACGCCCUGUCCGUCGCUUUUAUGGAGCCCGGCGCCGGUCGCCCUGCUCUCCGCCUGGGAAUACAGUAAAUGGCGGCGUUCGUGUUGAGACUUUUCCUGUCCUCGCUGCUGCCGGCCGCCUUCCUCGCGAGAACCAGGGAGUGCCGCGCAGCCCUUGCAUUUGCUCCCCCCCCCCCCCCCUGUUAGCAGCCUCCCAGCCGAGGAGCAGCAGUAGCACAAGUGAAAACUCGAGAUAAGGCAAGGGCUCCUUCGUCCUUCCAGCUUUGAAACAAACCUUCAAGGCUCUUGGCUCCAAAAAAAGUUGGUUUUUUUGGACAGAGCUUCGGAGCUUUUGAAUGGGGAAACGUAGUUGGGCGAGGAGGAAAUUAAGAGAAAUGAAGCCCGCGAAAAGGAGGCGUUUAGAGCUCUAGUCUAGCCUAAUACCCGUUUGCUCAGAAGUAAGGCUCUUGCAAAUGGGUAAACCCCACUGAGCACACCGUUUAGUCCCGCACAAACAGUGGGAUUUACACCAAAAUAAACUUGUGCGAAAGUGAAGCUCGGCUGAGCUCAGUGCGACUUGCUGCUGAUGAACCUGCAUAGUUGUUUUGUCGUCUAUGAGUUUCGUGCGACGUUUUAAAAUGUCAGAAAGCCGUAAAAAAUUGGAAACCUGAGCACUCUAGUCCUCCCUCCUCAGUAUGGCGGCAGUCUCUGCUUAAAAGCGAGUCCCGCUGAGUGGGUAGAGAGGGCUGCAGCUUCAGUAAUGUUUAUCCCACUGACAUAAUUUAAAGGAGUAGUUUGCUCAUUAAUCAGAUUGUAUGAGGAUAGGGAAAAAUUGGCUAGGCAGUUAGACAAAACGGAAGGGAAGGGUAUACUUGGCCCCGGAGCUCUGGAGCAGAUGUUGUAAUUAUUUUAAUAGUUUAUAUGUUACUUCCCCAAUGCCUGGAGUGACUUCAAGUGGAAAUAAAGCUGUCGUCCUAUGUUUCUUUACCUGGGGAAUCUCAUUCUACACAGUGGGAUUGAUGCCCAAAUAAACAAGCACAGUGUGCAAGAUGUAUGCACGAUACCUACACAACUGUCAGAACUGAGAAUUCACUGGCUGCAUUAGCGACACAGUAUCGAGCUAUUUCUGAGGAAAUUUACAAUGCCUUCCAAAGGCUGCAUAGCAGGCAGCAAAGUGAACAAAACAGGUGAAUGAUUCUCCCAUCAUUUCAUCUCCAUCUGUUGAAUUUCUGUUUGCCACGAUGGUUUUAAAGAAGAAGAAAAACCCAAAACCGUGCCAGAAAAAGAAACGAUAUCUAUGUCUAAAGGGUUUUUUUUAAGGCAGAGGAUACGAUAAACUUAAACCCGCUGCAACUAAUAAGAAACCUGUCCCUUUAAGACGCAGUAUUUACCUUUGAUGCCUCUUUUUUUUUUGGCCCCGCACAUGGAAGAUGCGAAGCUGUGCGAUGGGCUCCCGGAAGUCGCGACAGAAAGCGAGGGAGACUGGAGCCCUCUCCCUGCUCCACCCAAACUUUUGCCCUUUGCUAAGAUGGCGGCCGCCGGCGCUGCUGCCGCUGCUUCCCGGGGCCCCUGAAGGGUUUGUGGCACCCUAAGCCGGCCGGCAAAGAUGGCGGCGGCGGGGGGGAGUAGUUCCCCAAGUAUCGUGGAGUACCUGGGCGGAGACGACGGCUACCGCUGCGGCUACUGCAAGAGCGACACCGGCAACCUCUCCCACGGUUAGGGUCCCGAGGGCGGGGAGAAGCAGCAGAGGAAGGGAGGGCGCUGCGCGCGUGUCUCCCUUUCCUUAAAACUACCUUUUAAAGUAAUAAGAGCAGAGCGCCAGAUGCAUGGAAAGUGCGCAUGGGCUGAGCUGGGCCUUGGCUCUGGGGGGUCCGAAAUGAUUCACUUUCCUUGCAGACCCUUGGAAGUCUAGGCGGGUUGGUGUUCACCUAAGUUCCUGCCACCUCCUAGCUAUGGUGAAGAAGCGAGGCGGGGUGGGGGGCUUAAUGAAACCCACAAGCCCACUUUCUGGGUACCCCACUUCCUUCUAGGGCAGUAGCUGAGGGGCUGUCACAAGGAGAUAAGGUAAGGGGGUGGGUUACCCCUUUCAGGCCUCGCUUGAAAAGCCAGGGACUGCUGUGCAAUCUGGAGGAUUGCAGCAGGGAUUGGGAAGGGACACACACACACACACACACACACCUACACCUGCAUCCAAAAUCCAAACGUGUUAAUGGUAUAAAGCAGUGGUUCCCAACCUUUUUUCUUUUUCUGCUAUGCCCCACCUAAGCAUCUCUAAAAUCCUGAUUCUGCCCCCCUCCCCGACAUAUAAUUCUUAUUAUAAAAAAAGUGAACUCUUCAUGUGGAGGAAGCCUAAAAGGCUUGGUCUAAUGCAUUCUCAAAUUGCCCCCCUUAAAAAUCAAAUUGCCCCCCACGUAGGGAAUGUGCCCCACGUAGGGAACCACGGGUGUAAACUUUCAUGAACUCAGCCUUCUUCAUAAAAAUGGUUGGUAGUUAGUUACUGUCCUCUCUCUGGAUCCUUUAUUUGCUACCCACUCCCUUCCCUGUUUUGUGUUUUGUUUUGGCUCUCAGAACUAGGAAGAACCACGGGGACAGUACAAAAGGCCUGGCAAUGUGACUGCUGAGAGGGUUAAAGCAGAGAAGGCAGGCUUCACUAAUGUGGAGAGUGGCUAGCUUGGACUGCCUCUUAGCAGCUGCUAAGCAGUGCAGGGGUUUCUUUUGAGCUCACAGUCCUCCUCUACACAAAAUAUUUGUUCUCCAAGCUCUUUUCAUUUUGGCUGCCUAAUUGGGAAGGGGAAGUCAUGUUGUUGUUGUUAAAAGAAUAGGGUGUCACAAAUCCCUGUUGAUCUACAGCUACUCGCCCAGAGAUAGUAAUAGGCUCUCUGCUGUGUUAAAGAGCAAUAUUGUGGGUGUGAGCAGGAACUAAUGAAAAACUGACAGUAGAGGAGGAGGUUCAAUAUUUUUGAGGAAAGAAAUGGGUUUUGUUGCAAAGAGGCAAAGGGUGGGACAGUAAGGAACAAUGGGACAGAAUAAAUGGUGGGCGAAUAAACACAGAGCUAGAUUUGGCAGAGUUACUGAAUGCCUGUGAGACAGAAGGAGCAGAUAGAGGUGAAUGUGACAUGUCAAAGCAGGACAAGGAGAACCUGUUGCUAAUGCAGAUAGGACCAUUUCUCUUAAGCAUUGACUUGGGGAGAGUAAUGGUGGGAAAAGCUAAUGGAGCGUAGUAAAUUAGAUUGGUCAGUGGGAUUGGGGUAGAGACUAAAUAUAGGGUGUUGAAGUGUUGGGUGGAUGUAGCAAAACUAGUGAGGAAUGUGGAUUUUAAGGUUCAUCACAAAGUUUUAAUUUUGUUUUUAAAAAAUUUCAGCAGUGUUUUUUUUUAAUAAGGUUUUGUGUUGCAAAGAAAUACAGGAAGCAGUAGCUUUCCACAGGAACUGGCUUUGUUCCCAUUAUUUGAAGUGAAGUUUUUAUUUCCCCCCCCUCCCUCAUGUCUUGUUUGAUGUGUGUUUCAGGCAUGUGGGCUCAUUCACUGACUGUCCAAGAUUACCAAGAUCUUAUCGACAGAGGUUGGCGAAGGUAAGAAAUGCCAUCUGAGCACUGUUGGUGUAACUGAAUCCAGUGUUUCAAUAUUAAAGAGCAUAUUGUGGAAUUCAAACUGCUGCCUUUUAUUGUAAAAAUAUAUAAGAUCAUAAACUUCACAUUGUACCAUGAGGAAACUGAAAGGGAAAGUGUUUUCAAGUCAUGCUAGCAAAGUGCUGCCCUGCUUGUGCUUCUUCAGUCUUAGCUUCUCACUCCUCCUCACAGAAAAUAUAUGGCAGUGUCUAUUUCUACAGUGGUGCCUCGCAAGACGAAAUUAAUCCGUUCCGCGAGAGUCUUCGUCUAGCGGUUUUUUCGUCUUGCGAAGCAACCCUAUUAGCGGCUUAACGGAUUAGCGCUAUUAGUGGUUUAGCGGCUAUUAAAGGCUUAAAGGCUUAGCGGAUUAGCUGCUAAAAGGCUAUUAAAGGCUAUUAAAGGCUUAGCGGAUUAGAUAAAGGGGGGGGAAGCGGAAAAAAAAUCUCAAGACUCGCAAGACAUUUUCGUCUUGCGAAGCAAGCCCAUAGGGAAAUUCGUCCUGCGAAGCAACUCAAAAACGGAAAACCCUUUCGUCUAGCGGGUUUUCCGUCUUGCGAGGCAUUCGUCUUGCGGGGCACCACUGUAUUGGGGAAAGAGUGUAGACUUAUCCCUAGUUAACCUGGUUUGGAGGACCUACUUAACUUUUGUGCCUAUGUGGCCUUCAGCUCAGGUAUAGUAUUCUUCCAGAUAUUGCUACACUCAAACCCCCACCAUCCUUGGUCAUUGGCCAUGUUGGCUGGGAGUUAGACUACAUCCUCGAGCAUCUAGAGGUCAGCAGGUUUUAGUGGUAAUGAAGGAAGAAGUGGGGCAUUUGCUAUGGAGAGAGACUUGAGAAGGCAAGGAGACAGUGCAUAAUUCUGCAGCCCCUUUACGGUCUCUUUCAUCAUAAGCAUAAACUUCAGUUUGGCCCUUCAAGAGCUCCCAUGCCAUGAGUGAGUUAAUUUCAUUUCCUGCUCUUUUUCUGUUUUGUUGCAAUACCUAUACCAACUGUAACUUGUAUACUAUCAGAAAAGUUCUCCAUUUGUGAAUAGGGGACAACUUGACUUCCUUCUAAGAGAAGUCUUUUAUUAGGACCAGUAGCCCAUUUGAAGUGCUCCAUUUAAAACUAAGCGUCACCUAAAGUGAUCAUUAUUCUGGUAGAUCUUGGUGCAAGAAAUUGACUAGCAAUACCUUCUUGAAAAGAGGGGCUCUAGACUUGAGUGGACCUUUUCAGAAGAGCUGGGGCCCGUGUUCCAUCUGGCCUAUGUGGAGACUCCCACCUUUAGUAGAUAUAUGUCUAGUACUUCUCAGCAGAAGACUUCCAGGCGUGGGUCCAGUCUUCUGAGUCCCAGAAGGCCAGCAGUCAUAGUGCAAUAACUCCAGAAUGCCGCUGCAUUGCACAUCGCCAAGAGACGAGCUAAUUGCUUUGGAUGGUUAUGAUCAUGUGCCUCGGAGAGCAUUUGGAAAGUGGGGUAUACAUUUCUUAAAUAAAUAUGUAACGACAGUUUAAAUACAGUGGUCUCAGACUGGUUUGCGCAUAAUGCCAAACCCUGGUUUAGUGCAUUGUUCUUUAACAAGACUACAAUUCCCAUAAUCCCUGACCAUUGACCAUGCUGGGUGGGACUCGUGAGCAUAGAUUAGCAUUAUGCGUGACCCAGGAAUCAUAGUUUAAACAAAUAAGUUAUUUAAACCUUAUAAUUAAGUUAUUUAAACCUUAUAAUUCAUGGCUAUUCUAAGAACUAAACAUACAUUUAGAUAGUUAUUUUUUUAAACUUAUAGGAGUGGGAAAUACAUUUACAAGCCUAUUAUGAAUCGUACGUGUUGUCCUCAAUAUACAAUAAGGUAAGGCAAUACUUCUUUAUAUUUUCUUGAAUGUCGACAUAUAGACAGAUUCGGAUAUCUGCUUAAUAUCAAUAUUAAUGGGAAAUGGUGACUCGUGAUGUCAUUCAGCUAUGAAGCAGGUUGCUGUGAGGGUAAACAGUUUAUUAUGAGCAAGCAGGUUGGAACCCUGUGCAUAAAAUGCUUUUAGUUGUACUUGUACUGUUGUAAAGAACCUUGCUGAAAUAUCAGAGUAAUUUGUACAUUGCAAGACUUUGAAACUGUGUGUUCUGCUGGGCUUUAAUUCCAUGUAAAAAUAUCAGAGUAAUUUGUACAUUGCAAGACUUUGAAACUGUGUGUUCUGCUGGGCUUUAAUUCCAUGUAACUUCUCAGCCCAUUUUAGCGAAUGCGGGUGAUUAAAUGUUAAUGUUGUCAUAAUUCCAAACAUCCACAGAAAUAUCAAAAGAGCAUUACUAGCCGCUAAUUAAUGUGGUAUCGUUAACAAAGCCUAAACUGUUCCAUGGAACCUAGACUACAUGACUAAUUGAUAACAUACAUAUCAAAUUUUUGUUUAAUAUACUAUACUAUUUGGCGGAUACCUUGACUAUAUUCCCUUUUUCUUUUUUUAGAUGCCGGGCCUUACAUUUCCAGCCUUCCAAAUCACAUAAGAAGGUUCUAAAGAAGAUGUUGAAAUUCUUAAUGAAGGGGGAAAUUCCUGUAGUAGACAGUGAAGGUAAUAAGCGGUCUUUUAAACAUUACUUACUGUUGUGGUUUUGUGCAGUUGAAAUUGUUGUGCAAUUAAAUUUCUUUUUUACUUAGAUCAAUAGGUCAAUGGCGUGUAAAUUAUAUAGAACUGUAGCUGUCUUUUAAAUUUUAAUUACCGGUAUUACUGUUAUAUAGUCUUUUUUAUCAGCUGUCCUUUCUCUUUUGCUCAUGGUUUGUCCUAAUUUUUUUCCUAUUUACAGUGGAGCCUAUGGAUUCUCACACCAAAGAUACUGAUGGCUGCAGUUUUUUCUUAAAAGACGAACCAGGCAGCUGUCAGGCUGAACUAAAACCGCUCAGUCCUGAUCAUUUGGAGAAGGUGGAGAGUGGGGAAGGAGAAAUAACUGUGAAGAAAGCAGACUCAGAGCAUAUUGAAUUGUCUCAUGAGAAAGUUAAUGCCAAUUAUGGGGAGCCGUUGGAGUCAGCUAAAGUUAGUCCCGCAGUUCCCAAACCAGGUAACUAAUCUUUAAUAUAAGAAGAUGGCAAGAUAGCUUUGCACCUUCUUUUUUUCUCUUCCCUGUUUGUCCUGUGCGAUUUCCAGAAAUUGCAGAUGGUUCAGAGUUCAGCGGCCAGGUUGCUCACUGGAUCAAGACAGCCUGAGUAUAUAACACCAAUCCUGUGCUGACUGCACUGGCUUAACAGUUAGUUUCUGGGCCCAAUUCAAAGUCCUACUUUUGACCUAUAAAGCUUUAUGUGGCUCAGGACCCCAGUACUUCAAGGGCUGCCUCUCCCCAUAUGAGCAGACUAGGACACUUCAAUCAUCAUCUCAGGCCCUUCUUCAUGUGCCCACAGGAAGUCUGGAGGCUGGUGACAUGAGAACAGGACUUUUUUGUUGUGGCUCCCUGCUUGUGGAAGGCUCUCUCUAGGGUGGCUCACUGUCUUCAGGAGCCCAUCAAAAUCAUUUUUCUCCACAACCAGGAAUUAAUUAAUUUAUCAGUAGCCUCUUUUAGUGGGUGGGGUGUUUUAAUCCUGCAUUUUAAAAAUAUGAAUGUGUUCUAGAUUUUUCCGUUUUGUUUCGUGCUGGUUCUAAUGCACAUGCAGAAACCACCUUCUUGACUGUUGGCCCCGCUUUGAGUUACUUUUGCAAAAAAACAGGGGGAUGGGACUAAUGAGUGGCUUACAAAUAUAGUAUUAUAACUUUAUACACAAGUAGGAAAUUCUUUGUGCUGCUUAACCUUACAAGUGAUGAGUACAAGUGUUAUGGGCAAGGCAGACAUAUACAGUGGUACCUUGGUUCUCAAACUUAAUCUGUUCCGGAAGUCCAUUCCAAAACCAAAGUGUUCCAAUACCAAGGCAUGCUUUCCCAUAGAAAGUAAUGCAAAACGGAUUAAUCCGUUCCAGACUUUUAAAAACAACCCCUAAAACAGCAGUUUAACAUGAAUUUUACUAAUGAGACCAUUGAUCCAUAAAAUGAAAGCAAUAAUCAAUGUACUGUACUAUAAAAUAAAUAAGACACUAUUGUAGGUGAUAAAAAUAAAAAUUAUUAUUUUUUCGUUACCUGCACUCAUGAUAGUCAUUGUUUGAAUGGGGCACUUUUAUCUAUUUCCGCAGUCACGCAAUCAAUCAAUCAAUCAAUCAGUAGCUGAACUGGGUUCCACACAGUCACAAAAACAAAUUAACCAAAAAAGCCUCAAAAACACAAAAUAAAUAGCAAAAACAAAAGCGCCAAACUUAAUCCGUUCUGGAAGUCCUUUUGACUUCCAAAAUGUUUGAAAACCAAGCCGCAGCUUCUGAUUGGUGCAGACGCCCUGGAAACAAUAGCUGAUAGCCAAAUCGGCCGUACGGCUUCCAAAAAAUGUUUGAAAACUGGAACACUUACUUUUGGAAUUUAUGAACCAAGGCUUUUGAGUACCAAGGCGUUUAAGAACCAAGGUACCACUGUACUAAAAAACAAGCAGUACAUACAUUUUGAGUAGACAGUAGUUGGAACAGAUAAGCAAGGAAGAGGGAGGGAGGGAGGAGAGAAGGCCAUUGCUAUGCCAUAUGAGUUACUUAGGCAGAAUAGCUGUUGUUUAGGAAUGUUUAAAGUGUAAAUAGUGCUGUGCCUUUUACCCAGCUGGCCACUUUCCUCUCUGGCAAAGGGGACGUCAUGUGGCAUUGCAUUCUGGUGCUAAAUAAAUGCCUGUUAAUUGAUCUGACUGGUGUUUGGUGUUGAUUGGAGCAUCCAGGCAAACCCACAGGGAUACUGGGGAUCACCCUGGUAUUUUCCCCAAUGCAAGCACAAUAAUAAAAUGUAGCUGGAGUGUCAGAAGAGGAUUACAUUUUUGCUUAUGGUAUUCAUUGCCUUUCUUCCAGUCAUCAUAAAAGUAUACAGCUGAACGAAUGUAGCUGUUCUACAGCACACACUUUCCCCAUUGAGUAUGUACACAUUGCCUUUCUAGGGAAAGGAGCUGACUUGAGUAAGCCACCCUGCCGUAAAGCAAAGGAACUAAGGAAGGAACAUAAAUUGCAGAAGACCCUUCAGAACCAGACACAAAACCCUUCGCUGCAAACUGAGGCUCAGGUUUUGCUUGGCCAGCGCUCGAAAGCUAAAACCAAUCAGCCCAAAUCAAUUGAAGACUUCAUUUUUGCCUCCUUACCUACUGAACCUGUGCACCAGUUAGAGGUACUGAGAUACUUACUUUGACUGACGUGAUACAUAGAGCCAUCAUGUCAUUCUUGUACUGCUGCUUAUGUUGAAGGUAUUUGAUUAGUCAGAUGUGAAAAAUGUUCUACUUUUAAUUGUAAAAAUUCGUUGCAUUAUAACAUGCCUUGGUGUCAAUUACUGGCAUUUGAAAAGUCCUGUGAUGUUUUCAGUUUAGCCUUAUAAGACAUUGUUGUGUGUAUGUUAGUGUGUGCAAAACUUAAGUGGAUGUGUUCUUUGCAGAAACACAAGAGGGUGCUGUGGUUCCACUUGAAUGAAUAGCGCAGUACAUUUCCAGAACAAAAAUCACAUUAGUGGAACUGUAAUUACGGUAGAUAUUAAUGUUAUAUAAAAUUAGUCCCCUAAUUUGAAGUAAAAAUUAGAAAUGACAAAUAGCUAGAUUUUUACAUUACUGAAGAAGAUGCUGUUUCACAAAAUAUUUUUAUCAGUUUCCAGUACCAGACUCCUGGUUAUAAUUUGUGCAUUUCUGGAAAUUUUCAGGACCUAUUUUCCUCCAGAUAUGCAUAUGAUGGCAUAUGAGUCUAUUACCUAUUCACCCCGUGAGAAGAAUUUCUUAACCAGUUUUGGGCAGUGUGCUGAAACUUACAUACAAGGUAGCUAGCAAAGAAUUACUUUAUCCUCUUGGCCACUUCCCUGGGCACCAAACAGCUCCUGGGAGAGCAGUGCUUGGUCCCUAGGAAACUAGGUCUUGCUCCUGUGAACCAGUCUUUCCAAGCAGCCCCUUUAUCUCCUUCAAAAUUGGUGGAGGAGGGAGAGAGGAUGCCUGUCACCACUGUUCAGCACAAUUUUCUGUCUCGGGGGUUGAGGCUGUAAAACUCUAGAUCAGUGGCGCUCAUCCUGUAGGCCACAGAGUUCUCACUGGCUACUGGAUAUUAAGAGCCACUUCCCAAAGCCUGGCAAGUAAGGGAAAGGGGGUCCCACCUGCUGUUGCUGGUUACAGCCCUUCCCCACAGCAAGGAGCCUCAUGCAGGUAGAAAGUAGUCAAGCAACAGAAGGAGGUGAUGGUGCAUGGUGGCAGGGCUUUUUUCAGCUGGGAACCUUUGCUCUAGAUCAGACAUCCCCAAACUUGGCCCUCCAGAUGUUUUGGGACUACAACUCCCAUCAUCCCUGGGUAACAGGACCAGUGGUCAGGGAUGAUGGGAAUUGUAGUCCCAAAACAUCUGGAGAGUCGAGUUUGGGGGUGCCUGCUCUAGAUGGUCGAAAGCACACCCUGGCUGAUUAUAGUUCUUUCCCUUGUGGGCACUUAAAUUGCCUCAUCCCUGAUUCUGUCCCUGAUCUUACACUUUCCCAUCUUGUAACUUUCCCUUUGUCACCCUCCUGUCAAAAACCAUUUGCAUGUCAUGUGCUUGCCUCCUGUGUUUUGACCCACCCUUGCUUCUGUUUUAGCUUGUCUCUGACCCUGGAAGGACAUUUGACUUUGGCUCCUUGAUUACUGCCUAGCAUUAACAUGACCUCUGACUCCACUUGCUCUGUUCAUUUGCGAUUGCCACGCCAGGUCAGAUUCUGUUCAGUGUAGCACCUAGCCAUGACAGGGUAUUUGCUUGGUCUCUUGCAAGACAUGACUCAUAGCCAAGGUGUAAGGGAAAUAGUUUUUUCUUAAUGAGAAUUGGAUCAAAAAUUUGAUACAUUAGCCUUAGCAGAAAAAAUAGUGAACUUGAGGCAUACGUUGGCCCAGGUCAUGUAUCACAUUAAACUAUGGCUUAAAACAAACUAUGGUUUGAUGUGAGUGAGCAACUUGCUGGUGCAUGUUGCUGAAAAGUUUCUACAGUGCUUCUUCCCCAUUCUUGCCAUACCACAGGUAAAACAAGUCAGGGUCUAGUUUGUCAUGUUGUCCAAAUGCAAUCUAUGAUUUGUUUCCCUCCAAACUAUGAGUGGCAACCAGUACUUAUUCUUGGCUUACUUCUCAUGCCUCGUUCUGGCAUGUAUGUUAAUUUUUUUCUUAGGAAAAAUGGGUAUAGUUCCACUAAUAGCACAUUUUAAAGCAUACAUUUAUUUGUGCUAAAUCUGUUUUCCAUUUGAUAAUGCUGAUAUUCUGGGGUACUGUGGCAUAUGGCAUAUAGUGAAAGAGGAGGCUGAGACAGUAAUCCUAAACACCCUUACUAAGAACUAAGUCCCAUUGAACUCCUUGAGACUUCUGAGUUAAACAUGCUUAGGAUUGAACUGCUAGUAUAGUAUGUGUUAACAUGAAGUUGUUCUAAUAGGAUUUAAGGGAGAUUUUAAUUAUUCAGUUGUGUUAAAAGAAAUCUCAUCAGUGUUCUUGUCCUAGCAUCUCAAAAUAGUGCAAAGGUGAUGGUAGAUAGCCAACAGCAUAGGAAAAUUGCAGGAAGAAAAAUGAUCUCAUGCAAUUUAAGGGUGGAUGUGAACUUGAGUAGCAACUUGUUUUUGUUCUUACAACAUGUAUAGAAUAUAUGUAUUUACGUUUGAAUAAUCCUUAUUAUACAACUGCAUGAUUUACUCAAAAUUGAUUUUGUAUUAGACUUUGUAAACUAUUGAGUAAAGUGCACGGUGUUUACAGAACAAUGACUGGAAACUAAACUUAAAUGGUUACAUGGAAAAUAAUCUUUUCAUUUCUAAAAAAAAAAAAAAAGGCGUAGUGGAGCAGAAAGUAACAUUGGCCUCAGGGGGAAAUGGUUGUUUAAAAGUAUUGUUGAUUUCAUUGUGUAAAUGUUGAUUUAACUAUAGUUAGUUUCUAACUGUUUGUAUUCUUCCCAGCUUUUGAAUGGCUAUUAUUCCAAUAAUGAAUAUCUUUCUUUGGAAGGUGAGGCUGGUGCAAUCAUCUCCACCAAGUUCCCUGUUCAAAGCCACCUUUCAGGAGUCUUACCAGGUCUAUAAACGUUACCAGAUGGUUAUUCACAAGGACCCACCUGAUAAACCAACCGCCAGCCAGGUCAGACACAAGCAUGUUGCUUUGGUCUAUUCUGAGACAUUUGGAAGCUGUUCCUUUAAAAUAAUUAAUAACCAUAGAAACUUCAAAAAAGAAAAAAAAAGAAUUAAACAAAACUUAAAUCCUGGAAGUACAAGGAGGUUUUGCAUAUCUCAUGAGUGCCACAAAUAAUUAAAGAAAUUUUCAAGCAAAAGGAGAAGCAAUAAUGGGGUUUGCUUUGACAUUGGAGAUGGUGCAUAAAGAGGAGCAGGUGAACUAGUAAAAUACACUUUAAAUUCCCCAAACAGUAGGGUAGCUAGAUUUUGAAAGUUUUUCAUGCCUAUUUAAUGGGCGAUCCUACAGGGCUUGAAUGUGUUUCACAAAUAUUUGUAAAUAGCUUUGAAGGCUUUUUUUUUUUUUUUAAAGCCAAAACAAUCAAGUGGUGUAUAAAUUUUAUGAAAUAAAAAAAAAUUAGGGCACAGUUAACCUUGGGUUUAAUUUAUGCUGAGGUCCUAUCCAUAAAGUAUGUUGCAUAUUGGAUGGGGAAGGAGAACAAGGUAUUGGAAGAGUGUGUGUGUAGGAUGAAAUGGUUUCCUUACACCUGUUCAACUCUUUGACUAAAUCUUUACUUUUUAUUUUCCAUCUUCAUUCUCUUCUGCCCCUAACAUACCAACCUUUGCAAGGUACUGUGAAAUUCUGAAAAGGCCCCUAGUUUCAUUCAGGCAAGAAGACAUGUGGUAUCUAGGAUAUGGUUACGCUUUGAUCAGUACCCAUUAUUUCUUUUGCUUCAAUGUGUUGUCGAUGCCCCUGUCCAUACUGCAGUUUGCUCUCAUACCCUCAUCUAUCCUUUGGCAAUUCCUUUUCCUUAAUGUAGGCUGCUUCUUCUCUCUCCUGACAAUUCCCAACUCCCUUUGUUCACACUGUUCUGUCUGCUUUCUUUGGCAAAAUAUCUGAAUUCAGCAAUGGAAAUAAGUCACAAAUAGUGGUCAUUUGUGUGUGUGUGUGUGUGUGUGUGUGUGGUGGAAUGGUUUUAGAAAGUGUUAGUGUUUCCUGAUAAGCAUCAGUUGGAUAAAGGCAUCCUUCUCCAUUCAAAAUGUACAGUGGUACCUUGGGAUGCGAACGGGAUCCGUUCUGGAUCCCUGUUCGCAUCCUGAACAGAACGUGAGACAUGACAGCGCGUCUGCGCGUGUCGUGUUUCGCCGCUUCCGCGCAUUUGCGUGACAUCAUUUUGACCGUCUGUGCAUGCGUGAGUGGCGAAACCCGGAAAUAAUGGGCUCGGUUACUUCUGGGUCGCUGCGGAACGCAACCCGAAAGCGCUCAACCUGAAGCAUAUUUAUCCCGAGGUAUGACUGUACUUUGUGUAAUCAUUGAUAAACAGUCUUGGGUCCUGACUUAGCUGCUGCUGGAGGGUGUAUCCUCUGAAUGGAGCGCCACUGGGGAUAUUCCUGCUGGUAGAAGUUGUGUGGGGAGGCAACAUUAACCAAUUCUCCCUUGUGGUGCCUGAAAAACCGUUCUGGAGGACUGGUAGGAUCCUCUGGAACAGCGGGGCCAGGGAAUAGAGAGAAUCUGCUGGAUCAGUAAUCAUCUCUGGACAGAAGGAGCCCUUCUGUUUGUGGAAGGCUAAAUUUGGAUUCCAGCCUAUGUAAAUUGUGGUGGGCAGCGUCUACUAUAAUGGAUUGUGGAAGAUGGUAGGGAAUUUAGUUUGCAGAGUAGAUCAUACUUUAUGGAUAAUUCCUUUGGGAUUGUGUGUAUUCAGAACUGGCCUUUAUGUUGGCUGUGAUUGACCAAACACAUAGAGUGACGAAGUCCAGAGGUACAAAAACCUAGGUCACUAGUGCCUAAAACAUAAUCUAGUGACAAGCAUGUGGAUUAAUGUAGAAGUCAGGAAGCAGGUUUCUUCUGUAUGACUUCCAUUUGGGUGGGAGGGAGGCUGAGUACCCCAGUGAAGGCCAGAACUUGGAAGAUGUUCAUAUUCUGCAGCUCUGUUGAGGUAUUAGUUCUGCCAUUUACAAUGCAUGAUUAAGAUAUUUGGAGUGGUGGGAAAGGUUUUUGGAUGAGAAUUGUGUAUAGCCCUCAGGUUUACAAACUCUAAUUGAGAACUUCUGAUAAUCUAGAUCUAUUCUCACUAGACCGGUAAUGAGUAAACCUUAACUACAGAGCCAGUUCACUUGAAGCAUUGACCAGGCCUUUGGUUUAACAUCACUGCUUUGCCUGAACUGAGAGUACACUCUAGAAAACAUAUGACAACUCCAGGAUGCAGAAAUACUGGUUGUAGGUGGCAAGCUUGCCUUCCAUUAUUGAUCUUAUUGAGAAAUCUUAGAAUUCACCUCCUUCUAGAACAUGAGACAGUCAAAUCCUUCUUGACUUACCUGGAAUUUUGAUUACGUUAUCUAUUUUGCAUGGAGAGAUAAUUGGCAUAGAAUAUUAAGUGGCUCUGAGUAUUACUGUUUUCAGCUGGUAUGCAAACGAGCUCUUCCUGUUCCUGGAGUGCAGAACCAGCCUAGCACUUAGAAUGCCACCAUUGCUUCAAAUCUUAGUAAUACAUUUCUGCGGUUGCUGGGCUUCCUUGUAUGUCUCCUAGGAAGAGGCUUUGAAAUGGAUUUGAGGAGAUAGCAUACUAGCCUUACCUUCAGAAGCAUUUGGACAAAUGCCAACAAAGUACCUUUGUUUUCCCUUGCUCUGAAGGUGAGGUUAGUACCUGUUUCUUUAGAGGACCCGCAGUUCAAAUCAUCUUUCACCCAGUCUGCUGCUUUAUUUGCCAAGUAUCAGAUGGCCAUACACAAGGACUCUCCUUUUGAAUGUAACGAGUAUCAGGUACAGUUAAAUGCAUGCACUUUUUUUGUCCUUAUUAUCAUUGGUGGUGUGAAUAACAGGAUAUUGAAUUGACUUUCCAUCAGAUCUGUGAAUGUGGUGGGGGAAUUAGGAUUUGGAUGUGCCUUCCAGCAGUAGCAUUCUUAUGUACUCAGUAUUUUAUCUGUGUCCUGAAUCGGUUGGCAUAAGCUUUCUACUGUUCUCCUAAUCCAGUUAUUUGGAAGUAAAUCCCAGUAUCACCAAUGGGAUUUGCUCUGAAAUAAGUAUGCUCGGCCCAGGUAUAGUGCAAGUGUAAUAUUUCCUGUUCUGUCAUGGUGUACCCUUCCGGUUUGCAUGCUUCUCCCUAUUCUUCAAUCUCUUUGGUUCAUGUGCUCAAUUUCUCCCCCAUCAUCUUCUCUUUGGCUUGAAGUCCUUCAUAUCCCUUUCCAUGACUAACCAUGGUUAGCAUUACACCUGAAUUGCAGUUAACACUAGCCAUGGUUAGCUUUAAACCAGAGUUUGAAGUGGGUUUAAAAAUGUGGUUUAAUGACUAACAUUAAUGUCAUUUCAGAUGGAAUGCUAGCCAUGUAUAGUACUAAAAGUGGUAGGGGAAGGGAUUUGAGUGGAAGAGAAGAGGAAGGGGUCAGAUUGGAACGUGCAAGUCAAAAAAGACACUAGAGAUCAGUCAGUGUUAUGUUAGUAACAGACAUAAGAUUAGUGUUUGAUUUAGAAAACUAAACUCAUGGCUAAAACGAAAAGCCUCCUGUUUUCCAGACAUUUGAAACUAAAUGUUAUGAUCGAUUUAGGAUUGACAACAAUUGGAAUUAUCAGUACAAGAAAUCUGGGCCAUUUCAACAUCACAGCUUAAUGGAAAGUUUAAAGUUUUACAGAAACUAUAUAGCCAGGUGUCAUAACUUCUCUCUGUCUGUGUGUGUUUUGUUUUUUGAAAGCUUAACAUCAGUUAUGGCUACAGUUCAAAAUACAUUUACUGCAGUCUCUAAUCUCUUGUUUUCGCCACUCCUUUUGAUUCUAUACAUUGCCUCAUUUCUUGUAUUGUUGUAAUAUUGAAAAUUAACUUGCUUGCAGUCUGCAUCUUGAAGAAUUUAAGUGUAGAAUGUUGGGCAUAUUGCAAGUGUUUAAAGGUCAGCAGUUGCCCAUUUUUGAUGUAACAGUAAACCAUGGUUUAGCUCUAUGUGCGGAGCCGAUGCUAGCUUGCACUCAAGUAUUCCGACAGGAGACAAUUGAAACUUUCCACUUCCAGUAUUAAGUCAGUCUCUUAUUUCACUACUUACCUGGCCAACAUCGGUUACUAGGAAUUCCAUGCAGGCAAGUGCAUGGAAUUCCCUCCAGGUGACCAAGAAGGCUGGUAAAGGAUGAAAAGAGCACUCUGUUUAUCCUUUGCCAGCCCCAUGUGCUUCAUGUCUACUGCUGCUUCUUUUUACCAGGAUUGGAUUUGUUCAAACAAGCCAGGAUCAAAAUGUGAGUUUUGAUCCUGGCAUAUUAAUAAGAAGCUGCGGGGGUGGACUAAGCCAGGCAUAUGUAAUCAGUGUAACCCCUUGCCCAUGGAGCUCUUUUGCUGAUAAAAUCAAACCUCCUCCCUUCUCUUCCUACAACAGUAGGACACCACAGUUGUCAUGUUCAGUUUGGACUGAGAUCAAAGGAAAUCUUGGUUUCAGUAAAACCUGUAUGAAUUAGGUGUGAUUGGAGACUUACUGAGUGAGUCGAUUUUAAAUGGUGCCUGUUGGAUAUAUGGAAUUACUUCAUAUAAAGCUAUUUUAUUUGCUCAGUUUUCUCAUAUAUAUAUCUAUAUCUUUGUUGUAAUGGUGGAUUUUUAAUCUGCUUUUCUGUUUAUUGUCUUGUUUUAUGAUUGUUUUUAUUGUAAUUCUGAUUUCUUUUAAUAUGCAACGUAAGCUGAUCUGGGAGCCUCACUGGCUGAAGAGCUGGAGCAACAAGUGCAUGAAAAAUAAUAAUUAUGCAACAUUUUAGAAAGAAAAAGUGCUGAGGCUAUCUUCAUCCUGCUUUAUAAAAUGGCUAUUACCUUGGAAAAUAUGAUUUAGGCAUCUCUUUUUUUCAAAUUAAAUAUGCACUGCCUACUUCUAAAUAGCUUAUUUUGAAAUGAUAUUAUUAUGUUUAUUAGGAUUGUAGAAUGUCAUAACAACUUCAAAAGAACUGUUACACAAUGGUAAAUCGCCUUCCCAGUUGACUUUGGGUUAGCCUUUAGUUUAAUAGUUUAUAAGGUGAACCCUCCCUCUCCCCCAUCCCUGGGUAGGAAAAACAUACAGUAUUUAUAAAGCCACUUUCUGUGAGCAAAACUAGACAUGUAGGUGUCUUCAGUUCCUUUUUAAAGCUUACUUUUAAAAAAGACUGUUUGCUGCUAAAAUGAUGAGAUAUAAACAUGUUGAUAACAUUACUAGGUUUGGUUCACAAAUACAUUAGGAACUAUGCAAUUCAUGUAGAUCAACAUCUGGGAUACUUGUUAAUAUCGUGCCAGAUUAGAAAAUAUGCCAUGAUAAUUAUUUUUAUUAAAUAAGAAGUUCUCUGGCUAGUGAUAGGUUCUUAAACAGUUAACAUUCAUUUUCAUUUUUAAUAUGCUGUUAAAUUGUUUCCCCAAAAGCCUGCCUGACGAAUAGAGCAUAUCUGUCAGGGUUUGAAAAAAGUCACACUGUGUUCAGCAGCAUUUCUUCCUAGGAAAGUAGAUACCAAGGCUUGCACCCUUAAUUUAUUGCCUUCAUAGUAUUAUGAAAAGGGACUACUAAAUCUUAGGAAACAAGUUUGCACAGAAUAUUUCAGUAUCUAGACUAGGAUAUAGCUGUAACUGACUCCAAAUGUAAACAUUUUAACAUUUUCAUCUGAUGUUCAAGUAAACAAUUGUGUUGAUUGUUAACACACCUUUCUGGACACCUUUCUGUUGCAGGGAAUGGAUUAUUCAGUGGCUGAGCAUGUAGCCUGAGAUCUCCAGCCACUUUUAGUUGAUAUUUGACUUCCACAUUUGCCUUACUUGACAGAAGUUGCUAACUCUUGUACUUAUUAGGAAAGAGGCUUUAUUUUUUCAUUCCCCCCCAGCAUUUAGUUUUCAUAUAGAUCAAAUUAAACAAUUAAGAAUCAGUCUUAUUUCCUAAAAUGGAAAGAUGCUUGCAAACAUCUUUUGUAAUAUUUUGUAUGCCGUAUUCUGUCCCCCCUCCAAAAAACAUCAAAUAAGGCAUAUUGAGCUAAAUAUCUACCUGUAGAAAGUGAGAUACAAAGCAGUCUUGUAUUUUGCAUGCACAUAGCAAUAAUUAAAUGUUGAGGCUGCAAUCCUGUGCAGUCUUCCUUUUGCAAAGUACCCCAUGAAAAUGUACUUCAUUGCAAACAGUUAUAAUAAAGGAAUUGCACCAUAAAAAUAAACAAAUGUAGAGGCACAAAUGGCAAAAGGCACUGAAUAAUAGAACUGAUUGCAAGCAACUAAGUGAAGAUUAGACCAGCCAACAGACUUUACAUAUGGUAUUUCAAGGGGUGCAACCUACCUGGCAAUAGCUCAGUUAGUAGAGCAUAAGACUCUUGAUCUCAGGGUCGUGGGUUUGAACCCCAUUUUGGGUAAAAGAUUUCUGCAUUAUUUACAAUUCUAUGACUAUGAUCAUAUGAGGUUUUGAUAUGUAGGUUGUAUGACAGGAGCACAUGAUGCAGGAGCUUUGAAGCAGUAUGAAAAGAAAUUGGUUUUAAAUAAACUUCUAGCAAAUAGGUGGAAGUGCCUUAAUCAUUGGACAUUUAGAAAGAAGAAUAUGAACAUUGGUUGCUCUGAGACUCUGAAUCCCAAAAACCUCGACCAAAACUUCUUCAAGCAUCUAAAUGUAGUUAUCUGAGGAAAUUGAUAUAAUAAACCUAAGUUAAAUGCAUAAAUCACAUGAAGGCAGGGUCAGUUUAAUGCAUAAGUAAUAGUAUGUUUUAGAGACGUUGUUCGGAGACUUUCAUGAAUUCCGCAGACCUUUUGUGGGAAUGGAUUUAGGAGCUCAUGUGUACAAUUUGUAGAGUGUGUGUGACAAACCAGAUCACAUUUGUGUUUAUCUUCUGGAGUUUUGCAGCAGCUGUUCUGUCAGGCAUCCAAAACACCUUCCCUACUUUCUUACACAAUGCAUACAUGUUUUAAUGAUUUUUAUAUUAAGUCACAACCUUUGUAGUUUUUCCUUUCAUUGAUCUAGGAACUAGAGUUUGAAAGUUGAGUGGAUUAUGAACAUGCAGUUUUAUAUUGCCCACUCUCUUAUGAAAAACGAUUCUGACAACAUACAGAGUUCCUGACAGUUAAACAGGCUGUUAGUCCUUGCUGUGGUGCCUUAAUGGAAUGGAAAUUCCUCUGAAUUACCACCCACUGUUUCAAGGACAUCAGUGUAACUACAUGGUGUUUGGUGCUUUUUAAGUUGAAAGAGAUUUUAAAUAGUCUUCUGCUCCCUACAAAUGUCUGUCUCUGAAACUGGUUCCAUAGCAGAAAGGGCAUAUCGCUCCAUAGCAAAUGCUGAAGCCCUCUGAAUGGCUGAUCUGCAUUGGUACUAACAGACUCUCGCCUAUUAAAAAUAACGUUUUUAUUUGCUUUUCAAAUUUGAUAGUGUUUAUAUUGACAGCAGCUUGCACCACUAGCACAGCGUGUCUUCAAGUCAUAAUGUUGCGACACACAAGCUGUCUGUGGAUCUUAUAAAGUGUAGCCGUCAAGCAAAAUGAUAUGUGCAGGGUUUUCCUGAGGAAGACAACACCAGCGUCUUUUCUCAUCUGCAUACUCCCCAUUUCUUUUUCAGUAGGAAACAGCAACCCCUCAGUGGAAACUUGCCAUGGCUUGUGCCUUGGAAUUAAAAUUCUAAAUAAAAAGCGCAGGACUUUAAAUUAACAUACACAUGCAGCAGAUUGGAUGGUCUGCAUCUUAAAAUCUGCCUCCUUUAUUAUGUCAGGUAACUCAGAUUUAUCGAGUAGUAAGCACUUUUUGUUUAAGUAAGCCUCUUCCUUCUACCUGGUGAAGAGGUCUCUGUAAUUUUUACCAUUUUAAUGUUCAGCUGCUAGCAGCAAUUCCAUUACAAUUACUGUACUUAACUAUUUUUGUGUCUCUUCCUUAACACAGUAUCUUAACACAGUUUCAGGAAUACCAAGUGUGUACAUGGAUUACACUUCCUUUAUUAUAUAGUACUUUGGUUUUAUUUUUCUUAGAAGUCUUUAAUGUCAGAUUCUCAGGACUAAAGUUAUGCCACUACUAGUACUAACAAGGUUAUAUCUGAUUAAGAAGUUUAAAUUUUAAAAAUAUAUUUCCAUGUUCUGUCACUGCCUUUGAUAACAGGGUUGCUAUUUUGAGGCUGCCGUAUGCAGUUUCCAUAAUGCUCUUUUUGUUAAAACUCAUGUUUGGCAAUUAAGUCCCUUUAUGGUAUUCUGAAGAAACGGUUUACAUCUGCAGGGUAACCAAAACAAACCAAGUGGCAAUUACACCAGUUAGAAAACAUUUCCAUACAUGAUCAUAAGUCUGACAGUAGUUCUCUCAAAUAGCCAUGGUUAACAAUUUUAUUGCUGUUUAGCCUUACUGAAGCAAGCAUUCUACUCCACUACAUUUGGCAUAUUUUAUAAUGACAAGUUUAUAGGAAAGAAACAGUGUGUUGCUCAGUUUCCACUGCAAAGCUGGACUACCUUCUUACCUUAGGCUUAGUAAAAUAUUUGUUUUGGAAGAAAAUUUAUUUAAAGACCUACAAAAUAUUCACUGUCUAAAAAGCUGCAUGCAAUAAUGUUACUGAAGGGGGGGAGCUGCAGUGCCUCCCCCAAAUGACAACAUGGAGGCCGAAGCACGUGGAAGGUAAAGAACGUGGGUUUGUAUCUAAACAAGUUAUGCUUGAAGUACACCUAUAUAAAUGAAUGGACCUAAGUUAGUCAAGUCCAUUAACCUCAGUAGGUCUAAUCAUGUAUGACUAACAGGUGGUCCAAUACAUGAUGUGUUACAAUUCAUACUGGAUCAGGCCCAAGGAUCAUCUAGUCCAGGGGUCAGCAAACAUUUUCAGCAGUGGGGUGGUCCACUGUCCCUCAGACCUUGGGGGACUGGACUGUAUGGGGGGGGGGGAAUGAACGAAUUCCUAUGCCCCACAAAUAACCCAGAGAUGCAUUUUAAAUAAAAGCACACAUUCUACUCAUGCAAAAACACACUGAUUCCCGGAACGUCCGCAGGCUGGAAUUAGAAGGUGAUUGGGCCGGAUCCGGCCCCCAGGCCUUAGUUUGCCUACCCAUGAUCUAGUCUCCUGUUCUCACAGUGGCCAGCUAGAUGCCUAUGGGCAGCCUGCAAGCAGGACUUGAGUGCAACAUUUGUGAUUCCCAGCAACUGGUUUUCAGAGGCAUACUGCCUGUGACUGUGGAGGUAGAGCAUAACCAUUGUGGCUAGUAGCUGAAACAAUAUUUUGCCUUUGCCCACAAUCCCUUUCCAGCUUGAAAUAUAAAUAUUUGGAAGAAAUCUGCAUCUUAAGUUAUUUGCUUAUUUACUGAUACACUAGAACACAGUGUGUGAUUCAACUAGGUUUCAGAGAAAGUGAUGCUUCUUGAAUAGGAAUUUUUGCCCCAUUCUGAAAUGGCUUCAUUUGCCAUAAGUGGCAUACAUCAUGUACCCAAAUCUGACUGGUUGCCCAGAAGAGAAUGUGACCGAAAGUGUUUCCCUACUCCUGUUCUGAUAUAUGGAAGUUUGGUCCAAUCAAAGGUGCUAAAUGUUUUUGCUCUUCUGUGGGCUGCCCAGCAAUGGCUACAACUCAUAACAUUCAUGUAUUCUAAGUUAACCUUAGGUAUCUGAAGUAAAAUGUUGCAGAACAAUCUCUGGAAAGUCAGCAAAUAUUUAGAAAAUGUUUUGGCAUUUGCUGACCAACAAAAAGCUAGAAUUCAAAUUCUUGAAAGUCUUUCCAAUGUCAAAUAUGUCUUCCUCUGGUGCCAGAUCUUUUAAUUAAGGAAUUACAGAGGUCUGCAUAAAAGCAAAGUAAUACAGAUGCUUAGCAAUCGGCCUCUUUCUCAAAUAUGAAUAGAUCUUUGGGAACUACAUUAUAACUCUCAAAUUCAGAGGUAUAAUUAGAAUAAUGAAACCAACAAUUUUCCCAUGCCUCAAUCCUAAAGCUCCAGAUUACCCAGUCUUUUGAACACCUUGGUUGUGAAUGACUCCGAAAGGCCUAACAAUAGACUCCACACUGUUCCCUUGUCUUUGACAAGGGCUUAGGCUUAUGGAAGUCUCCUUUUUGAUUGUCAAAGGGCUUGUCUAAAUAUUUACCAUCCAUUUGGAGGUUAAUUAGAUCUUGCCUUCGGCUACAGGCAUACUGCAGCAAACCAAAAUUAGAUAGUGCUAGGGAAGGAAUCCAUAUUACCCUUAUUUUUAGUUCUUGAUUCAUUUGAAUCUAAAUUGUGUGGUGGUGGUGUAUUUAACCAUAUUGCUUUCUUUUGAUGAAAUAGUCAACUGUACUUCAUGGCUUUCCAGUUGGCACAAGUUUUAUGGACAAGUUAAAACAGCAUCUGGUGGCAUGUUAACAAAUUGUGACAUAAGCAUUUAUGGACCAGAGCACAUAGAAUAAAAACAUUUCUAUAUAAAUACAUUUUUAAUAUUGGCAUAAAGGCAUAUGCUAGCCUAGCAAUUUAUGGCUAUUAUGUUCUUAAUGCCUGCUUUACUCAAUGGUUUCAAGAAAUGCAAACUUUUCAGUAGCAACUGAUAGUGAGCAAUAAACAAGGUUUAUCAUUUUUUAAUUUUGUAAAAUUUAUAUACUGCUUGACUGUAGAAACAAAACUCAAAGCAGUUUACAAAAAACACCUUUAUUUGCAUAUAAAUCAAUCAGUUCAAGAGACCCAAACUUUUGGGCCGUAGAUUGUCUAAACCAGGCCCUAAGGUUGAAUCCCAACCUAGUCAUACCAGAUGUAGACCCAUUUAUAUCAAUUGACUUCGGGAUGACUAGAGUCCCAAAGAUUUCAUUGAAUCUCCUCUAAGUAUUACACAGUCUGGAACCAACCCAUAGUGUGUAGUAGACACAGGAGGAAAAUAUAUUUUUGGUUUGGGGUUUUAGCACAAGCAGACAUUAUUUGGGUUAUCCUGUGGUAUGAAUGGUUUAGUGUAUACAAAUACUAUUUUUAAACAUUUCAAUUUUCUGAAGAUUUCUGAAUGUUGAUGGUGGUCCCAUAGAAUGAGACUAGUACUAUCCAUUACAAGGCAAAAAGGGUAGGGUAAGAAUAUCAAAACCAUGUUUUCCUUGUAAUAUCAGCAUGGGGCUGUGAAAUGUUUGUAGAGGAGAAUUGAUGGUGGGGGGGGGGGGAGACACACAAAUGGUUCCCGUUCCCCCUACUGCUUGAUUUCCCCCCCUUCAUCCAAACUGACUGGAGGGUGGGAGAAUCCUGAGAGGAAAGGUUGCAGGGAAGAACAUGUGUAUUUGUGUGUGUGCGUGUAUGAAAGUGUUAACCAACCCCUUACACUUUAUUCCCUAUGAUGUUCCUAGUCCCCACCCACACUCUUGUUAACCAGCAAAAUAAAUGUCUGCCAUCAUUAGUAUGUGUUGAAUGAUUUAUAAGGCACUAAUAUAUAAGGAUGCUUGCUAAAGUGUAGGGGGGGGGCUCAAUGAUUUAAAACCAACCUCUUUGUCUAAAUUUGCUGUAGGUGUGAAAUCAAAUUAAAGUCUUGCAGACCAGGACCUUUCCAAGUGAUGUUCAGAUACUGGACCCUCUUACAAAUUGUAUAUUGCUCUUUUGAAUCAUUGCUCAAAAUGUCAUUCAGCUACCAUCUUUGUGUGCUGCUCUUUUGCAGGUGUGCUCCGAGUUAUUUGUGGUUCCUCCAGUAUAAACUGAAAGCUCCAGGCUUUUCUCAUUUUUAAAAAGGGCUUUCAAGCGGUUUAUGCUUACUAGAGGGGCUCUCGUGUCAGCAAUACAUUAUGCCUUUCUUCUUGAAAUGUCACAUUCCGUACAAAUGGACUAUAAGAACCGUACAGCUGGAUCAGACCAAGGGCAUAUCUAGUCCAGCAUUCUAGUAACUCAGUGGCCAACCAGAUGUUACUGUGUCACAAACUGUGCUGCUGAAAUUAAUGUAUUGGAUGCAUCCAUGCAGCAGUCACCUUAAACGCCAUAUUCAGACAUUCUUCACAAAUGCACCGGAUCCUUUGGAAAAGGGUACCUGCCACUUAGGGACGCGGGUGGUGCUGUGGGUUAAACCACAGAGCCUAGGACUUGCCAAUCAGAAGGUCGGCAGUUCGAAUCCCCACGAUAGGGUGAGCUCCAAUUGCUCAGUCCCAGCUCCUGCCAACCUAGCAGUUCGAAAGCAUGUCUGAGUGCAAGUAGAUAAAUAGGUACCGCUCUGGCGGGAAGGUAAAUGGCAUUUCCGUGCACUGCUCGGGUUCGCCAGAAGCGGCUUAGUCAUGCUGGCCACAUGACCCGGAAGCUGUCUGCGGACAAAUGCCGGCUCCCUCGGCCAGUAAAGCAAGAUGAGCGCUGCAACCCCAGAGUCAUCCGCGACUAGACCUAAUGGUCAGGGGUCCCUUUACCCUGCCACUUGACCGUUUUGGAGAUGCUUGGGGAAGACUCCCGACUAGUCCUACUCCCCAUGAUAAUCACCUUGCUGGUCCUGAUUCCACAACCUUUGCAAUUGUACAGACAUAGGAGUCUCAUUUUUUUGCUGUUUUGGGGGGAGGCAGGGGCAGCAAGGUGUUGAACAUUAGGAGUGGUCUGACGACUCCAUGCAUGCCUUGUAUGCAUGGAGAUGGUCACACCUCAGUAUGACCUGACACUUGCACGUGACAAAUAAGAAUGAACCCAAGCAGAAAUGGAAGUCCAUUCACUGAGCCCUGGUUCAGAUUGCUUACUAGCCUUUGGUGCUGGCGAACUGCACCUGCCUUGCCUUCACAAUGCAUAUGUCGGUGGAAUCCAGCAAUCAAUAUUCAAGUGAACAUUUGCUAAUGCAACAGAACUUCAUCUUCCUCCCCUCCCCCCUGCACACUCACAAAUAUUUUCCAGUGAGGUCCCCUCAACCUUCUAGAGCAGAUUUUGAGGAGUUCAGGGGUGAGGAGGUGAUGUUCUGUUGGUUGGGUGGUAGUUUGCUUGUCCUCACACAUAGAGCAUGUCAGGUGAGCAAGGCUUUCAUGUGGGAAGGUGCUUUUAGUAUGAUUUCUUCCCUCUUUUUGAGAUGGAAGUGUGAAGUGCCUGUCCUACAGCAGUCCAUUUGUGUGAUAGGGUUGGGGGAGGAGGGGAUGCAACUCUGCCAUGCAAAGUUUGACUGACUAAGCCAGAGCAAAACAUCAGUGGGUUGAAAGAUUCCUGCCCUGUGUUUUUGGGAGUUGGAUACUGCAAAUAUGGGCGAAAAUCCCCACCCAGGAUAAUGUGAUGAGGAAAUGAAUUUUCAACAUUAUUAGGCCAUAGCUGAGAAUCUUGGAUCACUUGACGUAUGUACGAGAUCUAAUUGCUAUCCUGAUUCCUAGUUGCCACAACUGUUUCAUUAGACAAUCCUGCAAUUUUACCGUAAAUAUCUAGUCUUUCAAAUAUUCCAGUCCCUAGCUUAAUGUUGUUCGUAGUCUUGCCAACCAACUUUUCUCUGAAGAAUUUGUUAACUUUAAUUAGUAACUUCAAAUGAGGGCCUAGUUCAUUGCAGAAUAGUUAAGGAUGCAGCAGUUUUCAAACACCAAAGCCACCUAAAUAAAUUUCCAAGCAUUUAACUAUUUUAUUCAUACCAUGGGGGAUUUUCACAAAGCAAUUGUUGCCCUUCUUAUUUCUAAAUGUUGUUGUGGUUUAUAGAAGAGGCAAUUUGAACUCAUCUGUAAAUUUACCGUAACCCAUUGACUAUACCUUAGUCAGGCUUCUACUAUAUAUUUUGGAAACUUGUUUGUCAGUUCACUAUAGAUUUGGACACCACUUAAGAUAUCAUAACUAAAUUAUGCAUAAUGGUUCCUGAGAACAGAUCUUUGUCUGUUUGGAUGCCGUUGGGCACUACUUUGAAUUAAAAUAGAGAACUGCACACUGGGGGGGGGGGGGGAUGCAGUAAUUUUAACUACUGAUUUCAAAAUUGCAUUGUGUUUUUUGGAGUUUCACAGCAACACUGCGUAUGAGGCUGCUAGUUAAGUACAAGUUGAAUUCCUAACGUAAUAGUUAGCAAUACGUCUAUGUUAAAAAACCUUCUGAUUUAUUUGUUUUUCUCUUUGUUAUGUUUAUGUGUGUUGUUGCAUACUGGACAUGUAUCCUUGGUGCCCUGGACUCUGGAUAAACAUCCCAAAUGCAGUUCACAAGGUUCCUCUGUGAAUCUCCACUUGAAGUAAGAAAUCAUGUUUUAACUCAAAAUAUUUACAUUUUUAAUACAGAUUUAUAGUUUACCUCCUCUGCCUGGUGUCCACCAUUACAUUUAUAAUGCAAAACAUAACAUUUCCUCAGUUCCAGUAAAUUGGAUAAUCUGCAUCUAUUUGAUUUUGUUGUGACUUGUUGAAUACUUUGAGUCUCUUAAAAAUGCUAAGUGAGUUUGCACAAGAUUUCUUAACUGAAUACUAUAGAGGACUAACGUAUGGUUCUUGAAUGAAGAUAAUAUUUCAUUAGUGGUUCAGAUCACCAUUCUGCCAUGAAGCUCAUUAGGUGAUCAGUCAGUUUCUCUCAUUCUUACUUCCUUACCUACCUUACAUAGUUGUUGUGGUGAUAAAAUAGGGGAAGAACCACGUGUGCCACCUUGGAAUUAUUGGAGACAAGGUGGAAUACAAACUUUGUUUUUUGGUUGUUGCUUUUUCCAAAUGAUCAUGGGGACUUGUCCAUCAAAGUGAAUUUUGUUGUAAAGGUUAACCUAUGCAAGCUAAUAAAUAAGGCCAUGGGUAAGUCUUCGCUGUGACACCCAAAAAACCUUUUCAGGCUUGCUGAAUCCUGGUAUGUGUAUGUGUAAAAUCCAGAUUUUACACCAUAUUAUCGAUUGCUUCUGUUUACUGGAUUUUUUUGUUGGUAUACCAGUUGUAUAUCCAGUUGACUGGAUCCAUGUCCGGACACUCAUACAUGCACCUUCCCCAUAGUGUGAGGGAAAGAGCAUGGCUGUGUUUGCUUCCUUCCAUCCCAGCCACUGCCCACAUUUGGGGCAGAUGUUCUAAAGCAGGAAGCCUGCUGUCUGCAUGUAGGCUCCCUGUGUGGUUAACAGUCAGGAUUCAAAUUCACACAGGGAACAGGCUCCCCAUUUCAAAAUGGCCUACUCCUCUUUCCCUCACACAGUGAGCAACACAUACAUUUAAACCCCUGAAUUAGAGCUAACGCUAGCCAGUUUUCAGUUGCUGAGUCUGAUGUUUUGGCAGUGGGGUGGAUGUAGGGCAGGGGUGCGGAUCCUUUUUCAGCCCACAAGUUUCAUUCCCUUGUGAAUUAAGUUGGGAAGGGCCUGGGGAGAGUUCUGAGGGCUAAAUAGAGAGACGUGGAAGGCCUGCAUCCAGCCCCUGAGAGCUCACCACCCCAAUGUAGGGCAUAUGUUAGCCCAGUUUGAAUGUUAAACAAUAUAGAGGAGCAGGUACGUGGCUUGGGGGUGUUCCUGGAUUCAUUACUGUCAGGUGGCCUUGGUAGUCCAGAAUGCCUUCUUUGGCUGGUGGUCCAGCUGUGCCCCUAUCUGGACAGGGCUAGCCCAAUUUCUGUGGCCUAUGCUCUGGUAACCACUAAGUUGGACUAUUGCAAUGCACUAUAUGUGGGGCUGCCCCUGAAGAUGGUUCAGAAACUUCUUAUUGUUGUUGUUGUUUAGUCAUUUAGUCGUGUCCGACUCUUCAUGACCCCAUGGACCAGAGCACGCCAGGCACUCCUGUCUUACACUGCCUCCCGCAGUUUGGUCAGAAACUUCAGCUGGUGCCAAAUUUGAUGGCUAGGUUGCUCACCAGGACAAUACAAGUUCAGCUUAUAAUGCUGAUCUUGGCUCAAUGGCACUGGCUGCCAAUUAGUUUCUGGGUCCAUUUCAAAGUACUGGCACUGACUUAUAAAAGCUUACAUAGCUCAGGACUUCAAAUACUGCCUCUCCCCAUAUGAACUGACCCUGCACUUGUCACCUGAGGUCCUUCUCCACGUCCCUGAGAGGUUUGGAAGAUGACAACACGGGAAUAAGUCUUUUCUGUUGUAGCUCCCCAUCUAUGCUCUCCCCAGAGAGGCUUACCUGGCACCAUCCUUACCUGUCUUUAGGUGCCAGGCAAAAACAUUCAUCUUUACCCAAGCCUUCAGCAAUUAAAUCUAUGGCCUGUUAUGUGGGGGGAGGGCUGUUAUUAUGAGUAUUUUAUUAUUACGCUGUCUAUUAUUAUGAUCUGUAUUAUGCUUUUAUUAUUAUGCUCCAUAAAUUAUGUUUUUGAUUUUGUACACUGCCCUGGGAUUACAGACUGACUGAAUGAAUGAAUACAAUUUGCAUUUAAGUGCCCAUUUUGGUUUGGUUAAAUUUUAAAUGCCUGAAGUUUUUAAUAAUUUUGCAUGUUGAUUGCAAGUUGCCUAGAGUCUGCCCUGUGUAAGGCAGCUUUGUGUUAGGCAACUAAAUAAAUUUGCAUAUACAUUGAACAACCCCAAAUCUGAUUAAUGGAUAUUCACUAAAGAAAUUUAUUGAUGUAUUUUUCUGACACAUGUUUCUUUAAAUGUUCUUCUUUAACUGCACAUAAUAGAUUUUUUAAGCUUAAUAACUAAAAGAUUUAAAUGCAGCAAGCAUAAUUUCCCUUUUGUUUUUCAAGUAUCCACUUGUAAUUGCAAAUUGAUACCUUUUAAAAUAUCCUAUCCCGUGCAUGUGGGGCUUCUGAAAUGCAUUCCUUUCUUGACUCCCUACUUGCUUUCCUUCUUGAAACAGUGUUUGGCUUCUUGAUCAGAUUUAGCUUGUCUGAUCUCCUUAAUUAGCCAUAACAUGAGAAUUUGAAACCCCCAUCAGAAUUGAUAGGAUACUUUGCAGAUCCCCCCCCCCCCAAUUCAUGAGUGGAUGGCUAAUCCUUACUCACUGAUGCAAAAUAUUAGCACAGACUGCUGUUGGAUACCUUACAGGGUGGGCAGUUUUUUAAGGCAGAUCAGUGUGAAAACACAUAGAGCCCCCGUGAGGCUCAGUUUAUACAUGCCAUUAGAAAAACAGGUUUGUAUUAUAUGUUUGACUAAUGGUAUUUUCGGUGAGGCAGAAUUUGUUUGUAGAUUCUUUACACAUCCAUCCCACCCCAGCAUGCUGGAGAUGCUUCACCCUACUAUUCUGCUAGGAUAUAUAGUGUAUCCUAUCAUCACUAAGCUUCUCUCUAGUGCUCCCCUGCAGUUGAGUGGCAAGUAACAAACCUCACUAAGAAUGCAUGUUAACCUAUCUUACUUUGAGAAAAAUAUUUGGGCAGAUUUGGAUGAGUAAGGAUGAACAUAUCUUACACACUAUAGCCUACUUUGCAAAAUAUAAACUUGAAGUUAUCAAAGCAGAAUAUGUGCUUUGCAUUUUCAAUAACCAUUUUGUGUUUUGAGUUCCUUUGCCUUAAAAGUAAAUAAAAAUAAACCUCAAAGGCACCUAAAUGUUUUCAACUUUGUUUUUGCUUCUUAAAAACAGAUAACCAGGGCUGGUGAAUAAUUAGAGCAGGCUUUAGAGUCGAGGCUUCAGAUUACUUCAUUUAUAACAGCUAAGAGGACUUUGUUUGUUGUAGGUCUUAAAGAGUUAACUACCACAUGGGUGUAAUGAAAUUGUCAGGUUAUAGUAAUUGCACCAGUAAUUUGAUAUGUUGCUGUUUGAAUGAAGCCAUGUGUGGAGAGUUUGUUCCUUUUCUCUGCUGAAUCUAAUCACCCCCACCCAGUUUUACAUUUUCCCAACCUGAAGGCUAUGAAGGCUAAUCGGGAUCAUUAGACUUAAUGGGGAAAGAGCUUUUAUCACCUCGUCAAAUAAGGCAACCGAUUUCCAUUAUUUGCCUUAUUUUGUAUGGCUGUAUGGGUGCUUAUGUACACUUUGCUGUAAAAAAGGAAGGUUUAUGCCAAGGAUUUUUUUCCCCUGCAAUGCUUUUUAUUGAUAUUUUGAAUCUUGAACUGAAUUUUGUUUGGCACCACUUGCACAUGUUUUCAAUUAGAAGAAGCCAAAUAAAAAGUCUUAAAUAUCCAAGGCUAUAGGGAUUUUUGAAAUUCUCCAACUAAAAGCAAACUCCACGUGAUCGUUGCAAAGCCUCUUUACCAUGUAUGUCACAAAUAAUUUCAAAACAAAAAUUAAACUUUAUGUGACUGAGUUCUGUUUUUCUUUUGAAUUCUCAAUAAACUCUUUAGAGACAACUCUCUUGGCAGUAGUAAAGUGGUUUUUCAAAAAAAAUCUGUUUGAUUUUUUGAUGUAGAGUCUUUAAAUUAUUAAAAGAAUGAACAUGUUAUUGGAAAGAAAAGUGCAGUCUAUAUGUAAAGAAUAGUCUAUUUGUGUUACCAGGGAAGUGACUCUGUAAAGAUUUUCAGCUCUUCUUUAUAAGCACCAACUCGUUAAGCAGAAGCAAUUGACAUGUAUCACUGUUGAAGUGAUUGAUGUUUCUUAACCAGUCUAAUGGGAGUAAGCUGUGCCUAUGGAUUGAUUUUUUUGGAGGAUAAACUAGAUUUGUUUGGUUAUAUGAAGUUUGUAGUACUUUUUCAGCUAUAACUACUGAAAAGAUUUUUUUUGUUAAGAUAAAUGCAGAUCAGUGGGAGCUAUUUCAUUACUGAAUAGUUAUAUGCUCUUAAAAUGAUUCUCUUAAAUGCCAGUUUCCAGUUUUGUAAACACUGUACAUAAGCCUUCCUCCCUGCUUGGUUCUCUGACUUUUGCAUUCCCUUUCUUCCCUUUCCUCCAGUUCUCUCUCCACUUGUACAAAUAUUAUCAGCUGAUUCUUUUAACUUCUUUUAACUCCAAGCAGUCCUGCUACGUAGCCUCAGUUGUGUCUCAUGCCAUGGUCUUGGUUUGCCUGCAACCUUCCUGUUACUUCCAGUUUUUAUUUAUUUAUCCUGAGUACAGGAUAAAUUUUAAAAUAACAUCUAAGAAAGUCAUAAGAUGGUUGUUAGAUGCAAAAAAAAAGGUAUGCUAUCAGAGUAUAGUGGAUAAUAACAGACCAAUAGCUACUGGUUAAAAUGGAAUAGGAACUCAAGUAGAAUUUAUAACUAGCUUUUAUCUGUAGGAAAAAUUGAAAAUAACCUCCUGUGUCAAUCUCAUUGGAAAUUAUUACAAAGUAAUGUCAUCCUGGCAUUUGAUACCAUAGAGGCUGAAGCAAAUCUGUCCUACAUCCUCAGGCUAUUAGUACAGAUUACACAUAUGUGAUAUAUAAAGAAUAAUGUUCAUAGUUUGUAUUUCAGUACCUUUAGAUUCAGUAGUUAUUGAGCUGACUUUGGAUGGAUGGCUGUUUCUUGACUCAUAAAGUUGAGAUAGACACAACCUUUUUGCAAAUGCAUACAGCCCCUUCACAUGUGCCACAAAUAAACCAGGAAGUUUUUAAUUAAUCAAGUUUCCCAUCUCAUAUGAACCAGAAAACUAUGGUUACUACCUUCAAGAAAAGCCAGGAUUGUAAACCAUGGUUUGAAGUUGGUUUAAAAAACUGGCUUGUUCAGAAGCUGAUAACUGCAUAGUUUUCUGGCUCAAACAAAAUUGGAAAGUAUUGUACAUUAGACACUACCUAGUUUAAUUGCGCUUUUCCACAAAGGGGCUUUUAUGUGGUCAAAAGGCUCGUGUGUAUCUUGGCAUAUUAAGCUGAGCUAUGAUGAUCCAAAUGUGACCAAUGUCUUUGGAUUCAUUGAAGGUGCUAGCUUCAGCUCAAGUAACUGAAUUAAUAUAUUAAUAAUGCCUUUUUGUAAAGUACUAAUGCAUAGUAGUUGUGUUAUAUAAACAACAGUAAUCAAAAUGUGAAUUCGUUUUAGUUUUAAAACUCCUAUAUCCAUUGCAUCUGUUUUAAAUAGCAGAAAUGAAGCAUGGUUGCUCAGAAGCUAAAAAUAUUUCAGCCGUGGAUGUUUUUAUCAUAUUGUUCUGCAGAAUUAUUAAAUGAAUCCUUUCUAAUCCAGUUUUGUUGAAAAGAUUCCCGUAAAUGCUAAAAGAUUGAUGUGAUGGAGUGAAGGUGAAUUAGAUUAUUGUCUUGGACAAGAAGGGUUUCUUAAGUUGCAAGAGGAGGGGAGGACCCAGUGUGCUUAACAUUUAUUGAUUUAUUUCAAACAUGUAUACCCCAUUUUUCCUCCAGAGAUCUUACCUCAAGCAGUUCUAAUUUAAUGAGUAUAAUCCAGUUGAAUAUAGUUUAUAGUUCUCCAACAAAGCUUUUGUUUGUGAUUUUUUUAUAACUUAGGGCUGGCUCCCUAUAUAAAUUUUCUUCACAUGCAUGAUCUUAUCCUCAUAACCCUGUGAAAGUAUACUUUUCAGCAUAUGUCUGCACUGCAGCUAGUUAUCCACAUCUUUUAAAGAUGAAGAACCAGUGAGCAGAAUCUGUUCUGUUGGAUUCUGUUUACUCAUUUGUCUGUUUAUUCGUUUUAUGGCUAAUCAGUUUCAGUGUCACUCAUAACUCUGCUAAGAAAUGUUAACCCCUUAUUUCCAGGCAUGACAUUUGAGGCCAGUAGACUUCAAUAUAAGGAAACCUGCAAGGCAACGAAAGCAAGAUUUGGUGGUUGUCAGUUAAUAAAUAUUAACGUAACAUGUGAAUAUAUUGUAAACUGUUUUGGAAAUAGCUCCAUAGAAAUCUCUUGAAAUCUCUUAUUUCUACACCUAAAACUUUCAGAUUUCUACCUGUCAUUUUGUUUGGCUUUGGUUACGUGAAUGGGCCAGAUAGCUAAGAAGGGCCUAAUUCACUGAGCAAAGUCUUACUUUUAUCUCAGUUUUACGUUACUCAGUGCAUUUGCUUGUUUGAAUUUCAAAAUGGUUCUCAUUGUUAAAGAUAAUGUUACGGUUUUAUAUUAAAUUUAUAUUAAAUUUUGCAAUUGAAUUUAUGCUGAUCUAUCCUCUCUAGGCAGAAAAUCUACCUAAUGGUCCAGAUUGUGGCUAUGGUUCUUUCCACCAGCAGUAUUGGUUUGAUGGAAAGAUAAUUGCUGUGGGUGUCAUUGACAUCCUUCCAAAGUCUGUGUCAUCUGUGUAUCUCUACUAUGAUCCUGAUUAUUCUUCCCUAUCUUUAGGCGUAUACUCUGCACUAAGGUAAGGAAGUAUUUUUUAAUUAUAUAGUAGUCAUUUAAAAGUCUGUUGACAUUUUAAAGCAUAGAAUGAAAAAUGAAAACCAAAGUCUUACAUGAAAGGCCUGCUUAGCUUUAUUUUAUUUUAACAUUUUUAGAGAAAGAAAAACAUUUACUUCAUAGGUUCUAAUUUAAUUGGUCUGAGUAUUUAAGUUAGGCUGACUUCAGUGUUUAAAGCAAAGUGUUUAAUCUACUUUGGAAGAUGGAAGUAAGAAGUGAAACGUGUGGCCAGAUCAGCCGUGUGGUACCACUUUUGCUGUAUUGGGCCAUUUCAAACGACUGUUCUGUUGCUGUUUUGCUUCCCUUUCUCACAGAUCCAAAACCAGGUCAUCAUCACUCAAUUUUGUAUUCACAUAAUAAUGUUGUCCGUUUGUUUGCAUGAAGGACCAUUCCCACAAGUGACUCCCUUAAAUGCAGAGAGUGGCUUUGUUUCUUUGUUUUUUCAGUUGGAACUGACCAAUGUGGUGUUAAUCCCACACUUUCACAUUUGCUUGCCUACAGAUGGAAUGCUUUUCCCUCACAGGAGCGCUGCCAGUAUUGAUGUUUUUAGUUUCCUAUUCCUUGAUAAUAUGCUGAUUUAGCAGUGUUUUGGGUUGCCUGAAGUACUUUCACUAUAUAUAAUAAACUGUAAAGGAGGAGUGUAGAACCCCUGGCUCUUCAGCUUAUGUUGGACUGCAACACCCAACUGCUUCAGCCAGCUGCCCUUGCCUAUAGAUCAGACAUGGCCAAACUUGGCCCUCCAGCUGUUUUGGGACUACAACUCCCAUCAUCCCUAGCUAACAGGACCGGUGGUCAGGGAUGAUGGGAAUUGUAGUCCUAAAACAGCUGGAGGGCCAAGUUUGGCCAUGCCUGCUAUAGAUUAUGUAAGGUGACACCUAGACAAGCUUACUUAAACUCAGAUGAAAAGAACUGUCUUCAAGGGUGAUGUAAAGUGGGAUAACCAAUAUCUUAAAAGUCCACAGAUUUUCCCAUCCCUCGUGUAAAGUUGGUUAGCUUCCGUCUGCUUUAACGAGUCAGGUUUUCAGCUUCUUAAACCUGGAGUAAAUAUGAACUCCCUCCAGGAGUAGACGCCUUAAUGUGAAGUUACUAAAGUAACUUAGUUACCUAAGUUAACAGAAGGCUAGGAAUAGAGAGUCCUUAAGAAGCUGCCGAGGAACUUGAUACUAUGCAGGCUGUUACCAAUUUUAUUCAGGGGUGUUUGGAAAAGCCUUGCCUGAGCUUGGUGGCAUUAUUAGUUCGAAUCUCAUUUUAAAAUAUUGCUUAAACAUAUUUAAAUGGGUGGGCCCCUUCAGAAAAACCCACGGUCUAAGAACCCAAUCCAUUAGACCAGGGGUCAGCAAACUUUUUCAAUAGGGGGCCGGUCCACUGUCCCUCAGACCUUGGGCGCUGGGGUGGACUAUAUUUUGGGGGAAAAUAAUAAUGAACAAAUUCCCAUGCCCCACAAAUAAGCCAGAGAUGCAUUUUAAAUAAAAGGACACAUUCUACUCAUGUAAAAACACGCUGAUUCCUGGGCCGUCCGCGGGGCAGAUUUAGAAGGCAAUUGGGCCGGAUCCGACCCUCGGGCCUUAGUUUGCCUACCCAUGCAUUAGACAAAUGAUGAAGUGGUAUGUUGUAACUUCUAGUUCUGGAAAAGCAACCAAAAGGACAAAGAUAAUAUAUAUUAAUAAAGGAAUUUGUUUGAAUGAUUUUACUCUCAAAGUGAAAAUUCACGCAUAAGUUAACAUGCAUAAUGCUACCUGAAGUCAUUAAGGCAAAUAUUAAUGACUGUGAAAUAUGGACUUUGUGCUUUUCAGGUCUUUGUAGAUGUUUCUUUGGGAUUUAUUUAUUUUUUGCCUACAAUGAGUGGGUUGUCAUAUUUGCUUGAAUAAUGGGCACAUUUGCUACCCUUGUAUAUAUCUUGUGUCAUUCAGGCAGGCUUACUUAAACUUCUGUUUUAGUUUCUGUCUUUUUUUCCUUAGCAGUUAGAAUGCCCCCCCCAAUCUAGGAUACCACUACCUGCAAGAGGAAUUGCAGACCAUUAGCAGCAGACCAUUUUUAGUCCUCAUCUGCCACCUACUUUGUUGAAACACUUCAAACAAAAGCUGAGGCUGGAAGGCCAAGUAGGAGUACUGCUGGCUAGAACAAAAUGAGGAGAAAUUGGCAGUUGUGCAUUCUUCACACACAUCACUUAGAGUGUUGUCCCAAGUUAGAUGAAAGCAACUGUCUCCAAGUGAUGUAAAGCUGGAGAACCACCGCUUGCCUCUUGCUGGCUCAAGACUGAAUAAGAAGAAAGCUAAAAUACUGUAAUUUUUCUUUCAAAUAAAUAAAUGGGACGAGCACAGAAGACAGCACUCGCCAAAUAUGGAAAAUAGCACUUGCUGCAUAUUUGCAUGUAAAUUACUCAAACUCACUGCAAACUUCCUGAAACUUGUUGAUUUUAAAAUUCUCUGAAGUCUGCAUGUACUGUCUUAGCCCGCUGAAUACAAUGACUGGGCCAGACUUCUAUAGAACAUCAGUGCAUGAAUAUUAAUAGGAAACCUGUUAAAAGGGUGCCUUUAAUCACUUGCAAUUUGAAUUUCAGAUUAGCUUCUUGGCAGGACAAAAUGCAAAAUUGGCUUUCUUAAGUAGAAGAGUUUGUGGUUUUGUUGGGUUCUUAUACGGAACUGUCUCUGCAUUUAUUAUUCCCAUUCUUUACUUAAAUGUAAUCAUCCCUUUAACAUAGGCCAAAAUUUAGGUCAUUCCAUUUUAUUUCACGUUUGCUGUAUUAUAAGAGCUCCUUGCAUCUGUGAACACAUCUAUCUGGUAUUAUCUUUUUAUCCAUUCAGAAUGAUUGCUUCUUUUACAGGGAAAUUGCUUUUACUAGGCAACUUCAUGAAAAGGCCUCUGACCUAUGCUAUUACUACAUGGGGUUUUACAUUCAUUCAUGCCCUAAAAUGAGAUAUAAGGUAAGGCUAAAGUUACUUUAUUAAUGCAUCUGAAUUCAGUCUGCUGUUUGAUGUGACUGUUCUGUAUGACUUCUCUCUGCUUUGGCUUGACCAAAAUGGAGCUGGCUUCUGUUCAGUUUUCUUUCAAGUGUCUAGAGUAUUUUAUAUUUUUAUCUGCGUAAGAAUUAUUGGCUGGUAUCCAAUGAAUUGGGCAACUAGUUCUACAUGCCAGGAAGACUGUGGGCUAGGGUUUCACAAACAGUUGCCCCCAUGCCACCUAGCAAACCAGAUUUAAAACUGAGAGGACUUUCAAAGCAGCUUGCGACUUUGGGCAAAGAUCUUCUGUUCAAAGGAAAGAAAACCAGAAAUUCCACUGGGUAUGCCAAAACCCUUGGGCAUCCCUAAAGUCAUUCUUUGGAUACCAGCCAUUUUGUUCAAGGUUGGUAAGAAAAAUAACUUAUUUAGUAUGUUUUUAAUGAUUUGAAAUCAUAUAACGUCUAUAGAAUAUCUCUGGGUUUUGUUGAACUCCUUACAGUUUGGUUUCUUUAAUUAGUUUCCUGUAAAAAAAUACAGUGGUACCUCUGGUUACGUAUUUAAUUCGUUCCAGAGGUCCGUUCUUAACCUGAAACUGUUCCUAACCUGAAGCACCACUUUAGCUAAUGGGGCCUCCUGCUGCUGCCGCACGAUUUCUGUUCUCAUCCUGAAGCAAAAUUCUUAACCCGAGAUACUAUUUCUGGAUUAGCGGAGUCUGUAACCUGAAGCGUAUGUAAUCUGAAGCGUAUGUAACCUGAGGUACCACUGUAAAUGAACCACCAUACCAGUGUUCAUCAGAUGACUAGGUAUAGAGCUACCUUAUUGGCUCAAUGUUUAGAAGAAAAAUGUAAAGAAUUAAUACCAAAUACAUAUUUUGUGUUUGAUUACUAGGUAUAUGUCACCAUAUAAAGAAAUGUCUUGUUCUCUGGGUUAUGGCUUGGAGUUCCCAUUUUGUUAUUAAAAAAAGGGGGUGGGGAGGAAAUCUCACAUUCUAACAAUUCUUAUGUGCACCGUGCUCAGUGGAAUUUGCUCUCCAGUAAAUGUUUCUUUAUGAUUGCAGUCCAAACGUUCAUACUAUCUGCAAAUAUAGAUAUGGAAAUCUGUAUAUAGAUAUGUACCGUAUUUUUCACCCCAUAGGACGCACCGGCCCAUAGGACGCACCUAGUUUUUUGGGGGGGGAAUAAAGAAAAAAAAUUAUUUCCCCCCCCCCAGGUGCAGGGCUGGGGCGGGGGAAGCCCGAGCUUCCCCCGACCCCAGCCCCCAGAACAGGCUGCUAUCCGCAAGCUGUGGGAGAGCUGUGCGAAGUCGCGCAGCUCUCCCACGGCUAGCAUAGAGUUGCGCGAAGCCCAAAGCUUGGGGCGUGCUGAGCUCAGUGCGCCCCAAGCUUCUGGGUGCCGGCAAGGUCUCCGCUAGUCGUGGGAGAGCCACACAACUUCGCGCAGCUCUCCCACGGCUAGCGGAGCACUGCACGAAGCCCCAAGCUUGGGGCGUGCUGAGCUCAGUGUGCCCCAAGCUUCUGGGUGCCAGCAAGCUCUCCGCUAGCCAUGGGAGAGCUGCGUCUCCCACGGCUAGCGGAUAGCUUCCUGAAGCCUGGAGAGCAAGAGGGGUCGGUGCGCACCGACCCCCCUCGCUCUCCAGGCUUCAGCGAAAGCCUGCAUUCACCCCAUAGGACGCACACACAUUUCCCCUUCAUUUUUGGAGGGGGAAACGUGUGUCCUAUAGGGCGAAAAAUACGGUAUAUAACAGAAUAUCAAGCAUACAGUAGAAAAGCAGGCCACAGAAUUGGAGACAAGGUCACUAAGAUAUUUUUGCAAAGCACGGAGGGGUCAGCUCAGCAGAGGAAUGUAUUCAUCACAUGCAUUAAACCCUGAUUUUGCACCUCCAAGAAUCACCUCUGGCAUGGGAAAGAUCUCUUAUCUUGAGCUGUGUUGCCAAUCUGCAUGUGCAAUAUUCCUCUAGAAGGUUUGUUGGCCUGAAUUGGUAUGAGAGGCAUCUUACAUCCUGAUAAAGAGGCUUCUGGGGCAUAUUUCCAUUUUGCUCUGGCAAGUGUAUUUAUUGGGCCAGAAGUAAUGCCUUCAGCACUGCUUUUUUCCCUUUUCUGGACAACAGUGCUUCCUGAGUAAUUCACUUGGGGAACAGAGCUGCUUUGGUAGAAACAACAAACAAACAAACCAGAACACAAGAAGUGGCUCCCAAGCUGGCAGAUGCUGUUCCCAGUGUGAAAGGGCUGAGGUGUCUCAGAGGCUUUCCCUUUUGUAACGUCCUUUUCUUUUGCAGUGUAAAAAGUUUAUUCCAGUUUCAGCCUGUGCAAGGCUUGAAUACUCCCUCGCUAUUGCCGUGUUAAUGGUGACCUUACUGCCUACCGCAGCCAUUCCCUAGAUUUUCAAGGUGCUUCAUUAAAAAAGAAAUGUGCGUGUUGCAAAUUUACAUAGAGAAACCAGGCUUUUUAAACACACUCACACUAUCAGCUACCUAAUAGCAUUCGAAUUAUGUUGUUCACCUAGCCAUUGUUUAGGAACACACACUGGAAACCGUUCGCUGCAUGGAAUGGUUCUAAAUUUGAAAAAUACGAAAUGGUGCCUUUACCUGAGGCUGCUUAACUGGCUUCUCCAUGGUGCACAGUGCUGCUGGUUACUGAGAUGGGAAGUGGGGAGGCAGCAGAGAUCAAUGCAGUGUGGGCUCAGCAGCACCCAUCUGACACUCCUGCUUAUGCUCCCAUGCUGAACCCCUUGCUUCAGUAACCAGCACCAAUGUGCAGUGUUGGGAAGCCAGGUAAGCAGUGCAGCCCUGCCUCUGCCACCUCAUCAGCCUCUGCUUGUGCUCUCUGUCUCUGUUCUCUAGAUUCUAGAGGGAAUGGGAAGAUAUGAGUCUUCAAGGGAGAUUUGCCAAGAAUAUGGUUUGAGAGAGAGUAUGCAUUUGAUAACUUCCCCAUCAAGAUAUUCUGCUGCCUGAAGCAUCAACUCUAAAUGCAUUUACAGAUUUAAAUGUAUACAUCAUAAAUCUGCCACCAUCGUGUUGAACGCCAAUUCCUCUCCCAGUCCAGUAGUCCAUAUAUUGCUGUUACACAGCAUGCUACCCAAAGCACUGAUCUUGCCACUUGCUCUUUUCAUUUGCAUGUCAAGCAAGGCAAUUAAGCCCCAAGUCUGCCUCUUCUCCACAUUUGCUGGCUGAAGCAUCCUGUCUUGCUUUCAUUUUAUGAUGGGGCUGGCUCCUGAUAAGAAGUAAAAUAGCUUCCUCAGUCAGAUAGUAUCUGUGAAUCAAGGUUGCAACUAUGGUUGCAGCUUUAACAUCUAAAUGUGUUGGGGAAAUCAGUUGCCUUGAAGUACAAAUGGAAGCACUACUUUUGCCAGUAACUUCUUUCAAAAUAAGGAUGGCUGGUUCAGGUUCAAGAAUGAUCCGCUGCUUGGGGGCAGAAUUAAUUUGCAAAUCUUUUAUGUUUCAUAUGCCACUUUGGAAAAGCUGCAAAUGUGCUGCCUGCCCCCUGCAUAUGAAUAGAUAAACCUCAAACUUUAAUAGAUUGAUGAGGGAAAAAUCACUGAUGACAGUUGAUCUUUGGGUCUAGAGUACUUUUCCCCACCCUGACUUGUAAUUUUCAUAUCCUUUGAUCCUGUUCUUUUAAAUUAUAUAUUCCUGUGUAAAGUUUUUUUAUUGGUUUGGCUAGGAAAGCUUCCUUCCAGCCUAAAUUGAGCUUCUCACCAGUUACUAAAGUGCAGUGGUGUUUCGAAAUGUGCUUCCAUCUGCUGAGCAAGACAGAAUAUUGCCCUGACAAAAUGCAUUUUUAGUGGUUACCUGGCUUUUCCAUCUAAAAAUGUGAUACUCUUUCCAUAAAUGCUACAAAGAUGUGCUGAUCCAGCUUUUGGCAGAAAGUGUGAAAUACAGUCUUCCUAAAUUGGCCUUCCUUGGAACUACAGAGAGCACUUAUGGUGGUAAAGUGUUUGUAAGGAAUUGAAUGACUCAAAAGAGAUUUCAGCCCUAGAAGUUAAACAUGCAACUCAGUAACAAACUCCAAGGAAGUUCAGCUUCAUUCCAUACAUAUAGGAAGCUCCCUUAUACCUGGUCAAACUGCCUAUGUAGCCCUAUGCUGUGUAUUCUGCUUAGAAGUAACACUCCUAUAACUCUCAUACCCAUCAAUCCUUUUUCUCACAUGCAAGCAGAUUUUAAAUGGUAGAUAUGGCCUCCAAAGCCAGUUCUUCUGAGCCUGGCCCAGGGAUGAAUUUUUUUGUUCAAGAUUCAUUCUUUUUGGUCUUUAUAUUUUCUCUCACUAAUACAUUCAGUUGGAAAAUACAAACUAGUAUACAACCUUCCCUUCCAACAAUGAUUUAUGUUAUCCUUCGUCACCUUGACUUGUCUAAAAGAGAUAAAAAAUAAUGGUGAUAAACAGACCUAUUUGAUUUAGUAGGAGAACAUAGAACCAAAGAAUUGUAGAGUUGGAAGGUAUCCUGAGAGUCAUCUCUUCCAUCUAGUGCAAUGCAGGAAUCUCAACUAAAUCAUCCCUGACAGAUGGCCAUCCAACCUCUGCUUAAGAACCUCCCAGGAAGGAGAGUCCAUCACCUCUCAUGGAAGGCUGUUCCACUGUCGAACAGCUCUUACUGUUAAAAAGUCCUUCCUGAUGUUUAGUCAGAAUCUCCUUUCUUGUAGCUUGAAUCCAUUGGUUCGGGUCUUAGUCUCUGGAGCAGGAAAAAACAAACUUGCUCCAUCUUCCAUGUGACAGCCCUUUAGAUAUUUGAAGAUGGUUAUCAUACAUCUUCUCAGUCUCCUCUUUACCAGACUAAACAUGCCCAACUUCCUCAACCAUUCCUUGAUCACGUUGGUUGCCCUCCUCUGCACACGUUCUGGCUUGUCAAUAUCCUUCAUAAACAAUUCCACUUAAUACUGUGCAUAGAAGUGAGCAGGCCAGGAUUGUCUGAAGGCUAAGCAUUCUAUUACUUUAAUUGGACUUUGGAAGACUACUGCUACUGGCUGACAGUUAAUGUCAUUUCUUUAUUACUCGCUGGCUUUCACAUAAGGAUGAGGCAUGGAUGUCUAGCACCAGUCAGGAAAAGCAUCUUUGCUAUCUGUAGAUGGCAGACUGCCAACCUGAAAGUGCCCAGUGUGUUUAAUUUACACAUGCACUAUGCAUUUAUGUAUUUAUACAUGCACUAUGACACUGUACUGGUAAUUUCAAUGUAUCUUGCAUUAUAAACUUCCCAGUAAGGUGAUGAUCUGGUGGAAAAAACUCCCAUGAUUGGCUCCACCCUCUUAGUUGUGAUAUUAUUGUACAUAUUGCAAACAUGGGAUCAGAACACUGAGACUUAAGAUUUAUAGCAGUGUGUGUCAAGGCUUUGUGUCUGGUCCUUAUAUAGUUUGCUCUUUCUCUAUAGCUUGGUUGAGUACUUUCCUGUAAGAAAGCAAAAAUAAAAAAUCGUAUACAAUGAACUAUAGCCCAAACUUAAGUUCCCAUGCUUUUUAUUCCAAAGUUGUUCUGUCCCUUUACUAUCAAAGGUACUAUCAGACAGCUCCUGCUUUAUAUUCUUUUGAAUGGAAAAUAUAUGGUUGUAUGUGAACACCUUUUUGUUUUGUCCUUCAUUAACCUUAAGCUUUUAUAUGAGUUGUCAAAAGAUACUCAUUUUGUUUUUUAAGCUCAGCUUCCUUGCCCUGUGGCAUUUCUCAGGCUCUCUUGGCAUGCACAUUUUCAUGCAAAUUAGUUUCAAUUUAAGCCCACAGUGUCUUUACUUUGGCCAGCUGUCUGCUUUCUCAAAAACUUUUCCAUUGAGUCCGCAAAUUUUAAAGAAGGUAUACUUUGAAGUGUACAGUAGAACUAAUAGCUUCUGAAAAAAAUGUUAAUAUCUCAGAAUGUUUUAAAACUCUAGAGAAUCUUCUAUUACUUGAACAAGGUGUUUUAGUGGAAACUUCUUCCAGAUUUGCAUAAAAGCCGCAGGAAAUGUAACUAUUUCAGUUGGUCCAUUUCACUCUCCUGACAUGGCUUGGUAUCAGAUGGAGAGAGAAUAGCAGAAAGGAUUCCAAAAUGUCAGAAUAGAAACAAGAGGCCAAUUCAUCUGUGAUUAAUCAUUACGCUAAAUACCUCUGAUAGGCUGUGGUCAUAAGCAGAAGGUAUUUAUUGUGCAGUGCUUGAGAACCAGUUUUCUGUGGUUAGGUUUUGAGGGAUUCAGCAGCAUUGAAAAAUGGUACAGUAGUAGUCUGCAACUCCACAUCCGCAAAGUCAAGCUUUGGCAGCCUAAAUCCCCUGAGCUCUGGCUUUUUCACAGUUCCCUGGCUGUGGAAUUUAGUUAACCUUUUUCAGUAAACUUGGCUUUGCUGCCUAAGCAGAAAUGGAAAACCACAGCAGAGCAAAAGCCCAACAGGAUGUUGUUUAGCCACAUUCUCUUGUGAGCCUGCCACUAUAACACUGAAAGGAUUGCAGAUUUCUUGCCAACCCCACACACAACGCAGCUGGCACUUCGCAUCUUCCUGAUGGAUACUUUAUUAGCCUCAUUGUAUUUUAGCUGAUUUCAGAUGACAGUCUGCUAUUUGCUAAAGUAGUGAUACUUAUCGACAAUGCCAGGGACCUAUGAUAGAGGCUUAUAUAGAACUGACAGCUUUCUUUUGUGGUUGGUUGUGGCAUUAUUCAAAUUUGUGGCAUUAUUCAAAAUGUGUAGGAGCUAGUUUAAAUUUCUUAGUGAGCAGAAGCAAACCCUUAUGAGACUACUCUAGAAGGAGGUUGUGGUGAUGUGACAUGAUCCUGAUUGAUGACUUAAUCUAGGGAAGUGUUUCUCUUCUCAGAAAGCUAGGGCUAAAAGUUAGAGCUACAACAACUGGGUUUAAAUUGUGUAUUUUUCCUCCUCAAUCUGAAUCCAUAAGGACUAUUUUAAAAAGAAAAAAAUAAUAUUUGAAACAAAGUCAGUACAGUACAUACGUUUCAGGUUACAUACGCUUCAGGUUACAGAUUCCGCUAACCCAGAAAUAGUACCUCAGGUUAAGAACUUUGCUUCAGGAUGAGAACAGAAAUCGUGCAGUGGCAGCGCGGCGGCAGCGGGAGGCCCCAUUAGUUAAAGUGGUGCUUCAGGUUAAGAACAGUUUCAGGUUAAGAACGGACCUCCAGAAGUUCUUAACUCGAUGUACCACUAUACUAAUAACCUUAGGUUUAGAGGAAUAUGUCUUAUACUCUGUUUUGUAGGGUUUGAUAAGAGUACAAGUUUGAUUUAUCAUGAAGAUGCACAUGUAACACGUUACAUUAUUUGGUGGACGGGGUCAGACUAUACGUCACAUUGAUUUAGAUAUAGGUAAUUUGCCGGUUCUAGUGAUGGUUUAUAAAUGAGCAUCUAUUAUUUAUAAGAUACUAGCCUGGUUCACACAUUGCUGACAUUCAAACCUAGAUAGAUCAGUAAAGACAGUAGCUUACUUUCUAAACUUUCCCAAACUCCCGCAAGGAGCUCAUAGUUGCUUUACUCAUGCCUGGUCCUUUACUGCUGAGCUUGAACUAAGGCAAGCUUUGGCUCAGUGCAUUAUCCAAACCCAGGCUUGCGGUUAAGUUCUCUCCAAAGUAACAGUGAGCUGUAACUAAGAACAAACUUUAGUGGUUAUUCUGGAGGGAGCUUGUCACCGAGGUGGGUUUGCAUGGUACAUGAAGAUAUACAUUCGUUUAGUUCAGGGCAGCAGCAAAAUGACUAGGGAGGUGUAAAGUAACUGUGAUCUCUUCUCCAGGAAACUGCACAUUUGUUCUAGGUCAAGGUUUGGCUUGCCGUGGUGUGCUCACCAGACCACUGUCUUUAUUGACCCAUCUAGAUUAAGCUGCUUCAUUAUGGAUGCUUCAAAUAGAUGGAAUGACAAGUAGCAAUAGUCACAUUGAUAUAAGGCGGUUGAUUUCUAGAUGCUCUUCUUUCACCAUGUCUUCAGGUAAUCAGUGUGUCAAUAAAUGCAGAACAUAUAAUGCGGAGUACUUCGGUUUUUUAUAUAUUCUGAAAAGCGACUCUUUGAAAAUUUUGCAUCACUGAAGAGGAGCUGUUCUAAAUGAAGCUUUGAUGCUUCCUUUUCUUUGUUGAGUUUGUCAGUGGUGGCUUGGGUAGGGGCACAUUUAUUCGAAAGAUCCAAUGCUGAGCUAGGGAACUUCCUACACUCAACACCAGCUGCUUUUCUGUCUUGGCGAUUCGUUUUAGCAGACUCACAGACAACGUAAAAUAAGUUCUAGAGCAACACUGAAAGAACAUUGCGCGCGCGCGCACACACACACACACACAUAUAUAUAUGUACUAAUUAAUACUGCACCAUUUCUUUUUUCCCUUUUAAGACUCAAGGGAAGCAGAUCAAAGAAAUGUAAAAACUCAAAAGAGUUUCUAUCUUCUUUGGUUUCUAUAACUCACGUUUUAUUUUGCAUAUUUCUCCCCGGCCAUUCAAUCUUGAAGAGUUUCCAUAACUGCUGGGCCAAAUAGGUCAUGCACCUGUGCAGAGCAUGUGAUAGGAAUAUUUUAGAGCUCCAGUCAUAGAGCUAGCAGUCAUUUUCCCAUUCCCUGUUGCAAGGAGAUUGAGUGGCAUGUGGAAUGUGCUGUAUUAUGCCAAGUGAAUGUAAAUAAAGCAUAACAAGAUCUAGGAUGAAAUAAAGUAAGCAUUUUAAAACUAUGAUUUAUAAACUAAUGAGGCUGAAUCAGUUAAAAGUUUUUACUGCCCUUAACACUGGUUUUGUUGCAUUUCUCAGGCAAACUGAUAUAUUGUUCAGAUCUGCCCCCCCCUUUGCAUUAGAACAAAUAAAUUGUCCAUGUGUCUGAAAAUGAGAUCUUUGGAAGUAUGGGAAUAUAUAUUCUAGAGCAAUUAGAAAGCCAAGCCUAGAUUUCCAUUUUAUAGGAUGAUUUCUUCUGAACAGUGUGGAGUUGGUGUUCAGAAGUAUUGCUUUCUUCAUUUACUGGUGGGGGGGGUGAGGAAUCCUCUGAGAUCCUCUGUUACAUUUCCUCCGUGCUGUUAUUUACAGCACUGGACAUUUGCAGCUAAUCCUUUGCAUGUGUGCGUGCGUGCGUGCGCACACACACACACAUCCCAGCAUGAGUACUGAAGAGUUCAAUUCACAAACCACUUUGCUGAUGGUUCUCUUGCCCUGGAACCUGGAACUUCCUUGCCCAAGAGCUUAUGCAUUGGCCUACAAGGGCUACUAAGACCUGCUGGAGCAGUUGAAUGAAUUCCUUUCCAGAUGCUGCAAGCUGAUUGCCUGCCCUGGGGAAACUGAGAACUCUAAUCAGAUACGGCAAAUUUGGAGCAGCUGCAGUUGCUCUCUGUCACUUGCAUCUAGCGCUAACAGAAUGUCUUAAAAACAAGGUUUAAAGUUUAAUGUUUUAAGUUUCACAGCUACUCUUUUAAAGACCACCUGCAUAUUGUAAGGCAUAUUGCUGCUGACACUGUGAUACUGAUGUUACCUUUCAGUGAUGGUUUCAAGGAACUCUGUUACUUAUCACUAACAGCAUUGUAUACUGUGAAAUGUGAGGCUCCCCCUCUCCUAUGAGUCUCAUUCUCCAUUUGUAUUAGGAGGCAGCAGGAUCAAGGAAGUUGUCGCUGUUGAUGACUGAGUACAUUGUUGAAAGCACUGUUGGUUACAUGUUAACAGAAGCAAAAGGUAACUUUCAAGGGUAGAAGCAAAGCUCUCUCUUACAUGCCCUCUCUCUAGAAAACAUAGAUGGCUUUCUUUGUUUUUGAUUUCUCCCUGCUUCCCAAGUACUUAAGUCAGAUCUCAAUAUAGCAGAUUCCUAGCAUGUGAGGUAGGUGUAUUAAACUGAGAAAUAGUAACUUGCCCAAGUCAACACUGUAGAAAUUUUGGGUGGGGUUCAGUGUGGCUCUAAGGAAUUGGUGCCAUCAGUGCAAGCAUUUCUGCUUAGUUAACAGAAUAAACCUCCCUGUGGAGCAGAUUUGGGGGUGAGGGUGGGAUAGGAUGCAGAGGAAGGAAAGUCCCAGUGCACUAGCGGGAAUCCCUGUGCACUGCAAAUUAGUGGAAUACUGCCCAUAGUGAGCAAGUGCUGCACUGCUUACUGCUUGUCCAAGUUUGAAUGUUCAUGUGUAUAAGAGGCAUAGGCAGUCUCUACAGUAGUAUACAAUACUUUCUAUUUCAUUUCUUAAAACCCCCUGGAGAUGUCCCACUAAACUUUUUGCAUUGUUCUGCCCACUUUGAGUGACAGACCUUGUCAGUUUUGUGUCAUAUAAGCAAAGUGUCAGUUCAGUUCAGAUUUUCCAUGGUGAUCUGUUGCAGUUGACGUAGCAUGUGGCCAAAAUCUUAGUUUCAGGCAAUAAGGUUUGCAACACCUUGCAAUAACUGUGAAGCAUGAUGAUAGGUAAUGAAUGCUUUCCAUAGACAUAUACGCUUAACUCUUUAUUAGUGUUGGAAAAUGUAAUUUCCACACUGCUCUGUAUGCAAAUAAUAUAUGUUAAUAACAUAUGUUUAAGUCAGACUAGAUGGAAGUUUACAUUCUGUGUCAUGAAGGCAGUGCAUUGAAUACAUUUUUAUAUAAAAUGUAUAAUGUUAAUUUGUUAAUAAUCUAACACAUAAUCAAUUGAAAUAAUACAUUAAACUUCCACUCUUCCAUUUUUUAAAAUCUUGGUGUGCUUGAUUAUAAAGUCAGUUGAGGGGGAAGGGGAGAGAAAGGGGUUAAUAGCCGCUGAGUUAUUAGGGGUGAUUUGACUACUGCUGUCAAAGAGAGCUGCCAGAAAGAUUAAUUCCAGAUUCCCAUAACAAGCCCGAGACAAACUGUUCUUGAAUGAGACACUAGGGAGAGUUUUAUCAUGUCUAAUUCAUGCUCUGGUGUAGUUACACACUCACUAAUCACAGCAGAACACAAAGAAGAUUGCCAUGAAUUAGAUCAAAACUAGAGGGCAGCUCAUAUAAUGGCUUGUGAGAGUGCUAUGAUUUACUCUGCCAAAGCAUGCAGAGGGGUGUUCUUUAGAAAUGUGCCAUUCAUCUUAUAUAAAUAUAAAUUAUCUUUCCUGGAGCAUCAGUUCUUUGUUGGGCAAUCUCCCACUAUAUAGCCUACUUCACAAGGAAGAGUAGGACAUUUUGUAGCCCUAACUGAUAUUGUACUGAGAAUGGCCUUCACUGUCCAUGUUCUUGCAUGAUUGCAGUCCAUAGACUCUGCCCUCCCAGUUGCUCAGUACUUUUGUAGUUGGUCAUAGUAAGUGUGAAUUCAAUCUAGAAAGUGCCACAUUUUGCAUCACUAAAGUAUUUUUCUACUUUAUGGUAUACAGUAAUUGAUCUGUAGAUCAUCUCAGGAGUCUUUGCUAUUGCUUUGAGUAACAUCAGGAUCCUUAACAUUUAUACAGUACGUGGUUUUUGGUGUAUAAAGCCCUGUAAAGCUUGGGACCAGGAUACCUGAAAGAUAAUUUCACCCCUUAUAUACUCAGCUAAACGUUGUGCUCUGCAGGUGAGGGCCUCUCACAGAUACCAUCUUAUCAGGAGGUCCAUUCUGCACAAUGUAAGAAUUGUGCCUUCAGGGUUGUGUCACCUACCCUUUGGCAUGCCCUCCCUUUGAAUAUUAGACAGGCACCGCUUCUGUUGCCUUUUUGGCACCUACUGAAGAUCUUUAUCUUUCGACAUGCUUUUAAAUGUGAAGUCUUUCCCAGUUUGCACUCGCAUUUGAAUUGUUUUUAGGAUUAUUUUAAUGUGUGGUAUCACUUGUGUGGCUCCUUUGGGUGGAAGGGUGGGAUAUAUAUUUAAUAGGGGUGUGUGUGAAAAUGUCUAUACCUAUUACAGCAAAGGAGGGUUUAGAGAAGGCUUUGCCGUUGGCUACCCCAGCCAUAUCAGCAUGUAAUUAAACACUUGCAUUGCAGGGACAUUGCAGGAAAUGCUGCGUGUAAAAUUGGGAUAGCCAGUGUUGAUGACCAUCGUAUCUAAAACUUUGUUCCUGUUCAAACAUAACUUUUAUUUCUUUCGUUUGUCUGGAGAGUUGAGCUUAAAGCUGAUUUAAUUUAAAUUAUGACUCUUGCCAGAGCAUGCGUAGGUUUUCUUUCCUGUCAUUCACAGUGGCUACUCAGUGGCUACUCUUUACCUUUAACUACUUAUUACCUCUUUAUAUUAAAGCAGCUGGCUAAAAAGGAUUAGAACAAAUCCAGGGUGCAUUUUUCCUUCAUGCUGAAGUACCUGAUACAAUCUCUUAUUGGAUGAGAGCAGGGAAAUUGUUGUAGGUGUUAUUUCAUAAUAUAUUAGAAUAGCAGUUGAACCCAUUCUGACACAAUCAGCUUGUUUUGAAAGGAAAAUGUCAGUAGCAAUAACUGGUGACUCCUAGAUAUAUUGUAUCGUCCUUCAACAUUGCAUAGAGUUGGGUAGACUUCCACAUGGUGCCUUGUUUCCAACAACAGCAUCUAGAGUCCCACACGGUGUUGAAAUGUUGUACAAAAAAAGCCGCCAAACAAAAGGACCAGUGGGGAUAUUAAGCGUUUUAUGCGUGUGUAGUUUGUCAAAUAGUUUCAAAGUUUGAAAGCCAAAAGGUUUUCAGUGCGUUCUUUAAAUUGUGGCAUGCCUUGUUAUAGUGGAGAGGCUGGCAGAUUCCCAUCUUUGUUUUGUAAGCCUCAGAAGUUAGUUGCAUAAUUAUUAUUACAAAAAAGAUAGCACUUGGGCUUCAGUACCACAAAGGAAGAACAUAGAGCCUGGAUUCAAUCAUCUGUUUUUAAGUUGUUCUAGAAAGGGUUGUCCAACACAAAUAUCCGUGUCCCAUUUUUCCAUGUGUUGGUAACUAUCAGGUUUGCUUUCUGUGUGUUGUGGACAGGCUUGCCUUUUAACACAGUCUGUAAACUACCGUUAAUUUGAAGCAUGUUAGAUUGCAGAUGCUUUCAUGAAUUCUUAUGCAGCUGCACUACUACCAAAUCCAUUUCCAAAUUGAUGGUGCUGAGUAUCAAACUCUUUGCUCACUGUAGUAAAAUUCAGAGCCUUUUUUUCUGGGUGUCUCUGCCAACUAAGGCAUGGUGCGUGGUGAUGAUCACCACCAGAGAGAGGUAUUGUCCUAUUUCAUAGAACGCUGUCUUUAAGGAGAUUUGUUUGGCAACCUCAUCAGUAACGCUUUGAUGCCAGUUGUGUUUCCCGUGCUUUAAAAAAGUAUUUUUAACAGCAAAGUUUUGAUGCUGCUUUUAUCUGUUAAAUUGCAUCUUUUCAUCUUUUACAUUACUGGUUAUAUUAUUAAUAGACUUGGUGUAAGAUGCUGUAUAAAAGUUAUUUAGAAAGCAGAGCACACAUUUCUAAGUAAUUAAGUGACACCUCCUCAGGCAGUCAUAGAACAGUUUUUAAAAGGGUGCCGCUAAAAUUUGAAAGACCAAAGUCUGCCACUGUCCAGCCCCUUGGAUACCUUUUAGCUGCUCUUGAGACUGUGGUGGCUGUGUGAACUAUUUUGCAGAGGAUAGUCUUCUGUUUGAAGGGCUGUCCUGUCCAUAUUUGGCUGAAAGGGACAACAGGGAUCUUGAAGUUGCACAUUGAAAGUUAGCAAACUGGAUAGCAGACAAAGCAGGUACAUGCUUACAUUCCUUCCCGAUAGGUACAUCGGUAAAACAUCUCUUUUCCUCGUUCUAAGUAAAGGAUUCUUAAACUGAAGUGGUACCUUUUUUAAACAUAUGAUUUAUUCUGGCGCCUUAAGCUGAUCUACUUUCCUUCUGAAGCUAUUUUAUAUACAACAUUUCAAAAUGUUUUAUAAAAAUUAAUAGCUUAAAAGAAGUUUAAUAUAGCAAUAUAUCAUACAAACAAAUGAUAGACAUAUUGGAACCAAAGUCUCAAAAGUAUCGCAUGCUGGGGGUUUUUAAGCAGAACAAAUUUGUGAAUUUGCUGUUCAGUAGUAUGCUUGCAAGCAUAUGUGGUGGUAUUCAGUUCCAUGAGUGGAAAUGACUUAAAACAAGGAGACUUCCGCUUCCUGCACUGGCUCGUUCCUACCUACCAAUCUACUUCAGAGGGUUGGAGGCACUCCAGACCAGAUUAUGUGUGUUAGUACAAAGUGGUUCUGCUGGAGAAGAAAAGAAAGAGUUAGACCUUUUUGUAUUAUGGAUUCGUUUUACGAAGGAGACAAUCCUGCGUAUUUUCACUUGGAUGUAAGUCCCAUGGAACUCGGUGAGACUUACUCCCAUGUCAUUGUAGUUAGGAUUGCAACCUAACCAUAUCAGAGGCACAUGAUAUUUAAACAAAGAUUAACCCAUUUUGUUUUAUUUGACCCCAGUGAGUAUGUGCCUACUUGUAAUAUUUGGUUUCUUACGAGAACUCUUUUGAUACCUGUCAGUCAUUUGGACAUUAUUUAAGUUUUGGAUAAACAUUCAGAUAUCUUAACCUCAGUAGAAAAUCCAUAAACAUUCUAUUUCUGUCAUCAGCAGUCUGGAGCUAAGGUACAAAAUCUGAUGUAGACUAAAUAAUGUUUAUUGGUCCUGUAGGGAUUAUUUCGUAACCUUUUCAUUCCAUUGUUUUAGCCCAGAGUGAAACAUUAAAAGUUCUUUUGAGAGUUUUUACUUUUCUCUGGACCUUGUAAUUCUUAAGACAAAUUAUUCAGUAGUGACCUUUAUGAUAGUGUGAUGAUGGAUUGUUUAUAAUUCUUCCUGUUAAAGCUCCUGAAAGAUUUCAGCAAGUUCUCACUUUAGAUAACUUUAGGUCUUUUAUAAAACCUAUUGUCUGAUACUCUCAUAAAUAUGGGACAUAUUUAUUAGUUCAAAGUAAGCCUAUUUAGCAAUAAGCCAUUGGGAUGUCUCACUCCCCCAGCUCUCUCUGGAAUAUCUCAACACUUUUUGUAGAUAUGUUCUGUUCCACUUCAUUCAUGAUGUGUGUCCAAAAUCUUCUAUCUUUUCCAGUUGCUUUUGGCUCUCAAUCAGUAAAAGGAGACCAUAUAAUUCACUGCCUUACAGAAUUAUACAGAGGAAUACAAUUAUUAUUUUUUUGCUUAUUACAUUUCUAUUGAAACAGUGAUAAUCAAAAUGAUUGCUUUGAAGCUUUUCCCCUUAUACAUAAUGGACAUUUUGUUCCAUACCACAACCAGCAUCAAAAAUGUACAGAAACCCUGAAUGUAUACAGUAACUUUAUUUCUCCAAGGGUUAGCAUUAUUAUUAGCAUUAUCAUUAUCAUUAUCCGAGUGAGUACCAAGCCUGACUUGGCAGAAUAUUACUCUUUUCUGCAUAAUUUUUGAAUAUUUCCAGCUGAGGUUGUUCAAUUUUAUUUUAUUAAGCAGUUUAGAUCAGUUAUUUUCAAUCUGCCAGUGUUGUACAGUGGUUAAUAUCAAACCAGGGCUAUGGAAACAAAAGUUUCCUUUUUUUAAAAAAAAAUAUAUUUAUUGAGAUUUCAAAAACAAAAAAUUACAUAAAAGACAAUGAAAAAUAUAGAAAAAAAGGAAAAAAAGAGAAAAAACAUAGAAAAUGCAAAGUAUAUAAAAAAAUAUAAAAAGAACACUUAGAAACAAAUUUAUCCUUUCAUAUCUUACAUUUCAUUUCCUUGCUUUCCUGACCUCCUCUCACCUCCCUUUUUUGUAUUCCAGUUCAAUUGGUUAAUUCAGCAAUUCCUUUCCCUCUGUUUUUGUCUUAGUCCUUUAACUUAAUAUAUUAUAGCUUUAAAUUCUCACCUAUUAACCAGCCAUUUUUUCAUACACCUUUAUGACAUUGCUGCUAGAACCACUUAAUUUCAUUCUGACAUCAUUCUAACAUUCAUUAAUUUUACAAUUUUUCUGUAAAUAGUCUUUAAAUUUCUUCCAAUCUUCUUCCACCAACUCUUCACCCUGGUCUCGGAUUCUGCCAGGGAAACAAAAGCUUCCAAUCUUCACUCUUCUGUGAAGCUUUGGCCAAACCCAUGGUUUGAAGUUGACUUAUCUUGAAACGGAGUAUAUGACUGAUCAGAUCCAGGCUCAAAUUCCCUCUCUGAUUAUCCUCUGAGAGCAUCUUGGGCUGUCCUGAAAGGAAAAGAUGGACCAGUGGGGGGAAGAGACAACAUGCAGUGUGCUUGGAAGAAGGGAAGUGUAAAAAUGUAAUAAAUAAAAACUUGCAUUCAGAUCAGGUUGAAUUAUUUUGCUCUGUCUUUGUUUUCCACGGGAGAUCUAGAACUAGAAUUUUGUAAAAGUCGGCUUUUAAAAAUCUGAAUACAGUGGAUACUCAGGUUGCGAACAUGAUCCAUGUGGGAGGCAUGUUCGCAACCCACAGCGUCGCGUCUGCGCACACAUGGGUCGUGCUUCUGCGCAAAGCACGAUUUAGUGUUUAUGCGCGAGUGCCAAAACUUGGAAGUAACCCGUUCCGGUACUUCCGGGUUUGGCGCAAUGCGCAACCAGAAAACGCGCAACCUGAAGCAUCUGUAACCCGAGGUAUGACUGUAAUAAAAGAUUUGAAUGUUAACAUAUAGUUAAGGCAACUUUUCUAACAAGAAGCCACCCUGAGCUAUGCUUUAUUAUUGAUUAUCUUUGUAUCCCACCUUCCCUUAAAAAUGCCCAAUGCAGCUAACAACAGUAAAACCCACUAUAAAUAUAACUAAGCAAAUAAGCAGUGUUCCAAUAAAAAUAUGAUCAGCGCAUCUAACAAAAGUUGCCAUUUUUGAUCAGGCUAAUUUAAAAAUUGAGGAAAGUAAAUAAGCAUGUUAAAUAUAUUCAAAGCCACACUGCUGGUCCUUUAAAAUUAAGUCUAGAACGAGGCAACUUGUGCUCUUUGUUUUCAGAGCCAAUAGGUCACAAAGCAAUGGCAUAGUUUUCUCUGAGGUCCAUAUCUUCAUAGCAGGCAGAGUGGGGUGAAGGGGACCUUCUGAGGAAGACUGGCUUUCAUUAUAUGUUCAGACUCCACCCCAAGCAGAAUUUAAAAGAUCUUUGAUACAAGAUGAGUUUACAGCUUUCUGAAAUGAAAUGUAAAUUAUUUGGAUUUGUAAGAAAUUUAUUUGGGGAAGAAGCAGUUCAGAGUCAUGCAAUAUAUAAAACUUUGAAGGAUAGGCUGAAAUUGGGGUGGAGGAUCCUAAUAUGCUUGCUAAGAAUAGAAUUUGUGUUGUGGGGGAAGUUCCUUUUGGGGAUGUUUACAGCUCAUAGAUCAGACCGCAAAAAAAUUGAGACCUUAUUGGAGGGAACUUCCUACCCCAGCAGGGCAAAAUGACAUAACGGGUCUUUUCCAGCUCUUGUUUCAGUGUUUUCUAUUAAGACUGUUUUUACACAAAGUUCACAUGGCAGUCACUGAUACUUUUUGUAAGCUUGUAAAAGCUUGUACAAAAACCAAGAAUGUUUAUAUCUGUUAUAGGCAAUACACUUCAAAAAAACUUUUAGAAGCCUGUUGUUUCAUUUCUAGUGCACAGUUCAAAUUCUUCAAAUCAACGUGCUGCACAUAUAAUAGCUGUUUUCCCUUCUUUUUCUUGGGCACAGCUUGUUAGGGUUCUCCGGAGAGCUAGUGAAAAUUGAAUAGUCCAGUGGUGUCUACCCUGCUAGAGAGAAAAGGAAAUGAGAAUUUCUACACUAUCAGAUUUCUCCCAAGAAGAGGUCAGUUUGGCAGAAACAGGAUUAAUAGCAUCGUCUUCAAAACAAUAGGGAAUCUGUCUACCUUUCUUUCACAUUGCCGUUAGCAUUUUGCCCUUUUAUACAAAACCCGUCUGUACAUGUUCUUAGAGAACAUUAAUGGUGCACAAGGAUGAAAAGUGCUCUAUUGGGUUUCUAGUAGGCUAUGUUUAUGCUAAUACUAUUAAGAAUCACUGCAUCUUAAGAAGUUAUCAGGGAAGCUGCUUAAUCGGUUUUAGGUGUCUUCUCACUCACCCACACCAGUACACCUACCAUGAUAUUGGAUUGUAUCCAGCAAUGCCACUCAGCUGAUGAGAAGGUUUAUGUCACUAGUUUGGAUCCAUUUGGAUCCAGGAGAAGUGUAGCCCUGUUAAUUCUCCUGGACCUCUUGACACCUUUCAGUAUAGCUACCAUGGUAUCCUUAUGAAAUUUAGAAAUACAGCAGUUCUCCUCCUCCAUGAAGACUGGGAGACUGCUGCUUGGUUCCAUAUCAUUUAUGCUCCACAUUUCCAUUUGUCUCCCAUGUGACUCAACAUCCAUGCAAAACUACUAAUAUCCAGAGAUGCUGUGAAGCAUGCUGCACUUAACUUGGCUGUAGCUCUCUGUGUUUGUGAUUGAUCAUGAAUACAUUGGCAAGAUAAGAUCAAACAAACCUAACAAAGUAGAGUUGGGGAUGCACUUCUAAAGGAUCAAGUUUGCAGUCUGGAAGUACUUGGAUCCUGACCUCUGUUUGGAGACCAGAGUAUUGUGGAACUGAAGGACUUUUUACCAUUUGAGUGUUGUGAGCCAUUCCUGGACAAUGAUAAGUUCCGCACAGUUAUCCAUGCUCUGCUAACCUCCAGACCAGAGUUUGUGUGACUGUAGUAUGUGUGUCCUCAUAAGAUUGAGGGCACAAGGAGAAGGGGACGACAGAGGACGAGAUGGUUGGACAGUGUUAUAGAAGCAACCAACAUGAAUUUGACGAAACUCCAGGAGGCAGUGGAAGACAGGAGUGCCUGGCGUGCUCUGGUCCAUGGGGUCACGAAGAGUCGGACACGACUAAGCGACUAAACAACAACAGUAUGUGUGACUGAGGCAGCCUGGCUACUUUUGAAGGCUGCUUAAAAGCCUGUUAGCUCAAAUUACAGCUGCUGGACUAUCAUCUGGGAUUGACCAAUGAGAGCAGGUAUUUCAAAUGGAUUUUGCCCCCAAAGUUGAUGGGCACUGCCAUUUGAAUGGUGUGCAUGUGCCACAGCUUGUGAUCAGUUAUGCAGGUCUUACUUAGGCUCCCCCUCCCCACAAUUUUUUCUUCAAGUUGUCACCCCUUCUUCCUGUCUAUCCUGGAAGAGGAUUGGGACAGGCGAAACGGUCAAGCCUGGCACUUACCUGGGUCUUGUUGAGGCUCUUACAUGUACCAUAAACUUACCAUUUAGCAUUACGUGUGAACAAAGCCACUGAGUUAAUUUUUAAAAAUGCUAUUUUAUGCAUAAAGUCUCAGUGGUGCCUUCUUGUGCAGAAAAAAAAAGUUAAGAUGAUCCUCAGUUUUAAAAUAUUUAAAUAAUUAUGUGGCUAUGCUAAUUGUGGUAGGUGGAUCUGUUUAACAUAGGAGUGCAUCUAAUGACCAAAUCACUUUUGGACUGGAUAGUUGGAUGAUUGUUUCAGCUACAUGCAUACAGACUCCCAGCAGAUCACAGCUGACGAUUUGCCACAUAUGCACACUAAGCCGUGUGACUUAACUGGAGGUGUGUGAAAAACUUUAGGCUUCACUCUGACUAGGAGAGAAUGAAAGCUAAAGGAGAAAAUGACUUUUUGAAAGGCUUCCCAGCCCCCAGUAUAAACUCUGAACUGGAAGCAACUUAACAGCUUUUUUUUUAGAGAGAGAGAGAGCUUGCCAUUUAAGAUAUUCAAGAUUUUAAUAGCAAGAGCUAGAAAAAUGACUAGGAUGCGCCAGAAAACUAAAGCAUGGGGGAAUAAAGAGGAAGUCGGAAUGAUGUCCCAGUUUAGCUAUUAGGAGGAGCCUGUGGGCUUGCAUGCUGCUGCUGCUCAGUCUUCCUUCCCUCACCUAUAAAAAUCCCCCCUUCUCUGCUCUGGGUAGCAGUAAUUGAUUGCACUGAUUCAGACAUAAAACUGAACCUUUCAAGUUCUCUAUGCAUGUAGGCAUUCCCAUGCAGACAUCCAUACGUAAUGCAUGAAUGUCAGCAGCCCGACCACUGGUGCAUCACCGUUCUGUACAGAAUUUCCCCUUUAUGGAAUGCAUGCCUGAAGGGGGCUAUCAUCUUUGUUGUUUCUGAUUCGGCUCUUUUAUUAUUUUUAUUCUGUGUGGUGCAGUCUAAACACAGUUUGUGAAAACAGAGUAGCAGAACUCACUUGCAAAGCACUCUCCUGGGGGUGGAUAAUGCCUAUCUCUGUUUAUGCAAUGAAAUCAGGGAGCAAGGGUCUGCUGUAGUACUUGGCUGCUGGGAUUCCAUUGGUGUUCCCUUUCAAGGAAAAGGCUGAAUUUAAUAAACGUUUAGGCUGGCUCAUUUUCUCCUCCUCUCUCUCUGUCUCUCUCAUAUGACGGCGCUGCCUUUGCCUUAAUGCAUUGCUGUUGAUAAUUUGGGGUUAUUUUGUUUAUGUAAUGUUAGGGCUCCUCUUCUAAGCAGCUGGCUGGAAACUGAGAUGAAGGCUGCCUUAAUUCGCUUUUAAUAAAAGAUCAAUGGGUUAUUGUGGAAAAAUAGAACACAGAUGUACACUUUACCUGAUAAAAGAAUUAAAUGUGUGUUUAACCUUUUCUGUUUGUUCUGUGCUACUGGUACUUGACCUUCUUUGUUUUUUUGAAACUAUUAUCUUUCCUCGGAGCUUUUACUUUUCAUAUUUGGCUUAGUCUGUGAAAACAAACUGUGCUGAUGCUCCUUCAUCUCAAAUACUCACCAAAUCCCUCAGAUUUUCCAAAAUAUUUAAAAAGUAAAUCUUCAGACUUAAGUUUCAUUAAAACCUUUGGCCUUGCCUUGGAACAGAAGUCCAGAGAUUGGUUUUAGCACAGAAACUUGAACACAUAGCAAGGCAGAGUGAGAAUACUUCAAUUAAGGAACCUUAUGGCAGAGUUGCAAAGCAUGCCUCCAGAAGUUUCCAAUAAAAAAUACAGCCAUGCUUUACAUUGGCCUGAAUUAAUGUCAUAUGUAAGUGUUUUGCUUUCAGUGUAUCUUUUACAAAAGGGAACUAGUGACAAGAGAAUAUGGUUGAAUUUAUUUUUGGGGUGGGGUUGGGUGCAUUUCACCACAGGAGCACAGCAGGGGAGAAGAGGGAAAACAAGGGAGCAGAGAAAUGAGCACUUUAUGCAGCCCUGCUUAAAAUAUACCUUCCUUACAAAACAAGGAUAGGCUAGUGUUAUGGUGGGUAUUAGGAACCUCUACACAGUCCCACAUUCAGUACAGUGGUACCUCAGGUUACAUACGCUUCAGGUUACAUACGCUUCAGGUUACAUGCACUUCAGGUUACAGACUCCACUAACCCAGAAAUAUUACCUUGGGUUAAGAACUUUGCUUCAGGAUGAGAACAGAAAUCGUGCAGCAGCGGCGCCGCAGCAGCAGCGGGAGGCCCCAUUAGCUAAAGUGGUGCUUCAGGUUAAGAACAGUUUCAGGUUAAGAACAGACCUCCGAAACGAAUGAAGUUCUUAACUUGAGGUACCACUCUACUGUACAACCCAAACUACAGAUAUGUUGAGGGUACUCUUACCUUUUGCCUCAGACAGAAACAUUUCCCUCUCUUACUGACUGCAUCGUGAAAUGAGAAUUAGACAGUCUCCAUCUUUGCUAACAUGUAGGCAGCAGGUAUGUUAGUCUGUUCUGUUCGAUCCUUCAACAAUUAGUAUAUCAGUACCGUUUUAAUGGAUAUUCUAGUUAUUUGUUGUUGUUGUAUUUUGUCCUUCUAAAUUGGUUUGGUUUUCCUGGUUGUGUGAAGCUAUAAAUAAAUCUAAUAAACAAAAUGAAAUACUGAGGAUACUUUGUGAGCCAUUCAAGAAAAGAGCUACUUUGCUGUGGUAUAUCACAUGUAUAGUGGGAUACACAGAUUAUGCCCAAUAACCAUGCAGAACCCAGCCAUGUUUAUUACUUAUACAUAAUGAACGGCUUCCAUAGCCAAGUGAGGGAUUGGAUGUGCCACUGUAAAUGUCCGUAGCAUGGACUCAGGUUUCUAACAGCCAUCACAUGAUGAAGCUGGUGUGAGACUAGGCCCUGAUUGGGGAGUACAUCUUUGUGAUCUGUCAAGAUGGAGAAUGGGAAAAAAGAAAAUGUGGGGCAGUAGGCUGACAGCAUUUCAAAGCAUUUUUAUCUUUGUUCAAAAGCUUAAGCCUUUACCUAUGGUGUAGGGAACAUUGUUUAUAUGCAAUAAUGAAAUUUAAUUUUGUUAGAAGUACAGUACUUUCAUGUAUAACUAGAUUUUUCUGAAACAAGGCGAAGGUUUCAUAACCCGUGGUUUGAAGUUGGUUAGUUUCCACAAACCAUUCCACAAGAUUAUCCUGUUUGCACUGACAAGCUGCAAUUAAUAAAAAGCAGAACUCCUCCUUGUGGCCAUGUUGAAGGAGAAGGGGGUGUUUUCCAAAGAAGGCUGCAACUCAUUCGCAUAACGCCAAACCAUGAUUUAUGUUGCAUGAUUUAUGUUGCAUUUAUGUUGCACCUACCCCCAGUGGGUAAAGUUGCCAUUGGUCACUUAAUUCAGCGGAAAGCACAUUUUUAUACCUUAAACAAGCCUUUCUCAACUUUGAAUCCCCAGAUGCUAUUGAACUACAACUCUCACCAUCCACAGUAAGCGUGACCAAUAAUCAGGGAUGGUGAGGUUUGUGCUCUCAACAACAUCUGGGGACCAGGUUUUGGGAAGGCUGCCUUAACAAAAACAGAGUUCUCUGUAGCAGGAUAAAAGAGCAGAGAAUAUGAUUCAGUGGUUAUCACUCUGUGUGCGUUUGUGUGUAAUAUGACAUAAAGAACUGUUAAAAGGACUUUAAUAUGUCAGAACUUGAGUAUGUUAUAUCCAGUUUGGGGGGGGUUCUAAUUUUUUUCUACCCACAUGUCAUAUGUGAGAUUAUUGUUUAAUAUCUUUUUGCAUCUAUGUGGAAUUAUCCAGUUCUGCAAGAAAAUAGUAAAGUGUUAACCUGGAGAAGAAAGUAAACAAGAUUUAUUUGUGAUAUUUAAUCCAGUAAAAAUCCUGAUGUUUUGGAAGUUGCAUAACUAUUACAGCUUCUUCAAUAUUUAUUUUUUGUUGAGUCGUCAUUCUUUUAAAAAGCCACAUUUCUAUUAAAUUUACUCAGCUUUAUCCACAGAGCUUUAACAGGAGCCAGGAGUCUGUGUAUUGUUUCAGAGUACUUGUACAUAGCACUGGGGCAGCAAUGCAUGCAUUUUUUUGAAAGUUCAAUAUACCGUAUUUUUUGCACCAUAACACUCACUUUUUUCCUCCUAGAAAGUAAGGGGAAAUGUCUGUGCGUGUUAUGGAGUGAAUGCCUACGGAUGACGGGGGGAUCUGCUGCAGUCGUGAGCAGAGGAUCCAUGGUUACAGCUUGCACCAAAAAAAUCACGCACCCACUGUUGCCUGGGGCCACAAUGGUGCAAAAACAUGGUUACAAAGCAUGGAUCCACAUGGAUCCUCAGGAUUUUUGCAUUGGGCUACCCUAAACUCACCGUCAGAUCACAUGUCUGUGGCCGCAGCAUGAACCACAAAAAUCAUACAUCCACUGUUUCGUUUAGAAUAUUUUUUUUCUUGUUUUCCUCCUCUAAAAACUAUGUGCGUGUUAUGGUCGGGUGCGUGUUAUAGAGCGAAAAAUACGGUACUUUCUUUCUUUCUUAUCUUUAAAAAACAGCCUUUCACAUUCCCUGUAUAAACUGGUCAUCAUACAGACAUUUGAUUUGUACACUAUUCACCUUCUCUUUGGGUGGCUAACCUGACUGCAGUACAAAAUAAGGGUUCUUCACAAAUUGCAACUCCGAGAAUAAUUUUCAGGAUGUUUACUAUAACUCAGAAGUGGUGAGGUGUGUGGCAAACUCAUGAUUUGAGACAAUCAUGCACCCUUUGUAGAAAUAGUGUAUUCAUGCACAAAGGUGAUGUCCAUAUUGAAGGCAGGGAGCAAUAUGUCAAGAAGCUGUAACUUUAAAUAAGUGGUGAAGCUGUGCAGUGUUAAUAUGUAAGUAAGAUAACCAAUUUCAGUGAUUCUGGAAGUAAUCUAAAUGCGGCCAGACAGUUACUCCCCCCCCCUUUACAUUAAAAAGCAUUGCAUAUUUCUUAAAUAUUUUCCUUGUAAUACAAGUGUCCCAAGAUCUCUCUGACUUUGUCUUUCUAAAAUAACUUUUGUUUCUGUUCCUAGUCCUUUAAGCUAGAAAUCAACUAGUUAGAAAUUAAGUUAGAUGAAGUACAGUGAGACUUAUUUGUUCAUUCUCAAAUUCUUGGCAUCCAUCUGUCUCGAGAGACAAUGGAGUGGUUCUCCGGGGAUGAAGUCAAACCGCUGCAGUAGCAGCAACAAAAUGACUUCUCUGGGGCUUAAGCCUGGGCAGUGUGUAUAGAGGUCCUGGGCCGCCCAGACAACAGGGCCUGCCUCUUGGCCUCACUGAUGUAGUCCUAAAGGAAACGAAUGCUACAGUGAUACCAGGUUGGUUGCAGGAGUUGCUGGAAGGAGGUAUACAAAGCACCAUCCAACUAUCUUAGCGACUCUGCUCAAGUUUUGUAUAGGGCUUUACACCUUGGCAUUUACUUUUCCUGAAGAUAUCCCACAAGGCAGCAAAGGUUUUAGGAUGAGAGUUUUCCUUCACCUAGAUGAGCUCCCUUCCCAGGUUGAAGAGCCCCGCCUGCCCCUGUUCUCAAAUUACAUUUCAGUUAGCAGUACAUCAGAUUAUUCUGUUUGAAGAAUUAUUGAGCUAGGUGCUCCAAAAGAUUAAGCAGGCAGACAAGUUUAUUUUAAUUUGCUUUGUGUAUCAACAGUUGUAUUCAUUCAGGAAAAGAGAAAAAAUGACACUGAUUGAUUAAAUUAAUGAUACAGCUAAAAUGUUAAUUGUAAAAGAUAAAAGAGUGUGAAGAGAUCUCAACCACCAAAGCUGAACAAACAUGUUUGAGAAAUAGUGUGUCCAUCUCUGGUUUUAUGGAUGGAUUAUUUUGUUUAGGAUUUUCUAUUGCUAACUAUAACUUUAUUCUGGACCUAAAAACAUUUGGAGUUUUGAUUUUUUAUUUUUAAUAACAUACCACUUACUUCUUCUCCAUUUUCUCCUAGGGCCAGUACAGACCGUCUGACUUGUUGUGUCCAGAGACAUAUAUCUGGGUACCUACUGAACAAUGUCUGCCUUCUCUUGAGCAUUCAAAAUAUUGUCGCUUCAAUCAAGACUUAAAAGCAGGUAGGUAUAUAAUUUACAUCUUUUGCAUAUACUGUAAGAUAUUAGACUAUAAAUCAGGCAUCCCCAACCUUGGCCCUCCGAAUGUUUUGGGACUGCAACUCCCAUCAUCCCUGACCACUGGUCCUGUUAGCUAGGGAUGAUGGGAGUUGUAGUCCCAAAACAUUCGGAGGGCCAAGGUUGGCCAUACCUGCUAUAAAUGCUAAACAUUUGAAUGUACAUUGUGUCUCAUGGCUAAAAUGACAUUGUUAAUAUCUUCCAUGUAUUCAUUUAUUCAGUAAUUUUAAUUGGCUAAUUCCCACUCUCAUAAAGUGCAUUUAGUUACUAAAUAGUGUACAAGUAGUCCCUUUUAAGUCAUCCAGCACACUUCAGUGUUCCAUGUCAUACAUUCACCAGAGACCAGUAUACAGAAAGUAUAGUAGUAGAGAAUCCCCACCCCCACAGAAAACACACAAAUAAGCUGACUUUUCAAUGUAAAUGGACUUUGGAUGCAUUUUUAUUCCCCAGUUUGCAUGAAUGGAGCCUCUACACAAUAGGGAUUUGUGUGUGUGAAAUAUGCUUCUUCUCUGCCACCAUUGCACUGUUCCUGAUGAAUAUUUGAACAAUCUCAUGGUAUUUUCAGUACAAUGCCGCCUAUCAUGUAAUGAUGGCUAUGAAAUGCCAUACUUGCACCCUAAAAUGUGGUCUUGGUUUGUUGUUUUGAUGUCGUCCUAGACACUGUUCUUCAGACAAAAUCUUUAAUGUCUGUGUCGAUCAUGGUACUGUGUUCUAUAUUAUUUUGGUGUAAAAACAAAUUUAAAAAUCAUGUAAACAUGAAAACACAUGUUUGACUUUGAAUAACGUUAUCCAGAAAAAUAUGAAUAUGCUACACUUCCUGCCGUCAAACCAAAGUGUUGUUUAUCAUGAAAUCUGGGUUGAGUGACACCAUGUAUAGUGAGCUCCUAUCAUGCUUCAAUUGAUAUGUAAAAUCUGGAUCUGUUAUGAAGUGAAAACACUUUUUGGCAUAGCAUUACAGAACUUGAGAGAGAAGCUUGAAAGGUAUUACAAAUUGAAAAAUGUAGUGAACGGGUUCGAGGUAGGCAAUUUUUCAAGUUGCCCUUGCCUAAGAAAGAGAAGAAAAGUGCUAUUUUAAUAGAUGUGCUUGAAAAAAACUGGGAGUAUGAGUAAACUGGUGCCCAAGAUGGCAGCAUUAUAAUAUAAGAAGGGAGGCAACUGUUGGGAUACUGCCAGGGAGACAAAGUCCAUCAUGACUCCACGUCGCCUCUGGACGAUCCAUCGAUCUCCCGUAGAUACAGUAUCAGCAAUUAGCGACACGAGCUCCAGAAAUAGCUUGCCACAUUCCAGAGCUGAUGCACGCUCUAUCAGCAGAAUUCACACAGCGAAAGAUGCACUCAGGAGAGCAUAUUUACAACUUUAUUCAGCGUUGGUCAGAACAAAGAGAAAACAUGACUGCCUGCUUCAGUGUCUCAGACACAGAGAGAGAAACAAAAGCAUAGACACAACAGAAACAUCCUGUGAACAGGAAAUACGCAGGCUGUGACACAAACAUCCUGCUCCCUUUUAAGGUGGAACGGAAAUAUCCUAACAGCAACAACAUUAGGUAAAGAAUCUUAAGUCUCGUAUGUAUGCCACUAUGAAAUGAUAAACUACAAAAAUCUGCAUCUUUGUCUGUCCUGAGUACAUCAGCCCAGACACGAUCUGAAUUCAGACUUAUGUCCUGUGGUUUAAGGAAAUUAAAACAUAGCUACAUGCUGAACAGCAGAAGGCCUGCUGUGAGCUACAGUCAUUUGAGGUUUGGGUAGCUGCUUUCUUGAAGGAAGCAGUGCUCCAUUCCAGGGCCGGUUUCCUGCAGAACACUUCCUUACAGUUGUCAGUAAAAUAAGUCCUUUAAUUAAAAUACAGUGAGUAUAAACAUCGGGCUAGACAGACAAUGGUAUGCUCUGUUUCACAUGAAAUGACUUUCCAUAACAAGACCUGUAGGUAUCAUACUGUAAUAGUUCAUAAUUGCAGCCAACUCUGAUGUCGUUUUGGUGCUUUCUAAAAACUCAGUUAUUUAUUCAGGCCUUUGCUGACUGUUAUCGCUUCGAGAUGUUUCUUGAAAACAUUUCAUAAAUGAAACAAAAUAAAUAACUGGAUACCAGUUGAUUGCAUUCAUUCAUUUUGUGGUUGCCCAGGUCUAUUGACUGCUGUUUUGUUUUAUUAUGUACUAUUAAUGUAUUUUUAACAUACGAUUGAUUUUCUUUCAUUAUAGUUACAACUGAUGAAUAUCCCAUUCCUUUAAUGGAUUUAAGCUUCUCAACCCCAAAAUUUAGAAAACGUAUUUUAAACUACUAACUAAAGAGUGUUAGGGAGAAAAAGUGAAUCUUAAAGGAAGGGAAACAGUUACUCAGAAUUGAGAUUACUGAAAGGGUUCUGGUGUUGCCGAUAUACAAAGCAACCAUACUUACAGCAUAAUCCUGACCAUGUCAGACCAAUUUUUGUUGAAGCUUCUUUAUGCCGGUGUUGUGUGUUUCUGCUGUGGAGGUUCAUCAUGCAGUUGAAUUUACUCUCCUUGUAAGGAUAAUAUAAAGGUUAUGAUGCACCAUAUGUGCAAUAAAUAAAUUAAUUCAGGGACAUUUAAGAGUUGAGUGUCUCAGAUUCCUUUGUGUCGUGUAGGUGGACCAUUCUUUCUAUGCAAGUUCCCCAAAUAGAAAAUUUAUAGUGGCUGAUUGCUACCAAUAAAAUUGAGAGAGUUUAAUGAACAAAGAUAGUUGAACUAGAUUAUUCUAUUUCCUCUAAGGCAACACAGCCUCCUAAGCUAAGGUGAAGAAGACUAAUCGCUAUUCCAUAGAGAGUGUGAAGUGUACAAACACUUCUAUAUUUGAAAAAUACCAGAGCUUUCAGUGAGCCCAAUAAGAUUGUGGUAGAUGUGAAACUUUGGGACCUUAGUUCUAGUGUAACUUUUUCUCUUGGGUUAUGUUGGCUUUAAUGAAAACUGGGAAAAUACUGUGCACUCCCUUCUUGUGUGUCUGUCUUGCUGCUUCCAAAAAAUGUUGUUUACUUGUCUCUGCAUUGUCAUGUCAUUGAUAAAUAAAGAAGCCAUGAAAGGAUGUUCCAAAUCUUUGCAUCUACAACAGAAAAUUCCCUUUUUCUUGUCGAGCCUAAUCUGGUUUCUCCGUAAAUUCGAGCUUGAAGCAAGGUCCCAUUUGGUGAUCUUAACCUUAGGGUUGUUCAAAUGAGAAGAGAUAAAGUAGGGAUAGUUAGGAACAAAAGGAAGGGGAAAAACAAUAAUUAAAAACAAUUAUCCAUUAAUAGAGUUAGAACUAUGUAUUAAUAUAACAUCUCUAUUAAGAAUAUACCGACAAUCGCAACAAAAACAGCACAGCAGCAGCCAUGUAGCUGUGACACAAAGUUUUAAAGCAUGGGUCACAGAUUGUGAAACAGACCAAUAAGUCAAUAAGUUCCAGAAAAUAAACUAUUCUAUAGAUUUAUGAGAAAUUUCAAUUUUGUUAUGAUCUCCUAGAUGUGCCUUUGCAAUAUGUGUUCUUUCUUUCCUCCCCCCACUCCAGAAAGACCAAGAUAAUUAGGCAGUUGAGAGUGAGAUUACAUAGCUAAUAAUAAUAAUAAUAAUAAUAAUAAUAAUAAUAAUAUUGCUGCAUUGUGUCACCCAGACAUGCAUCCCAGUACUUGUUAAGUUAGCAGCAAAGCAUUCAUGUUUUUAAUGCAGUCUGAUUGUAACCCUAGUGACUGAAGAAUACAUCAGUUCUAAGUAAGAAUUUUUUUUCUGAUACAGUGGUACCUCUGGUUACGUACUUAAUUCGUUCCGGAGGUCCGUUCUUAACCUGAAACUGUUCUUAACCUGAAGCACCACUUUAGCUAAUGGGGCCUCCCGCUGCGGCCAUGCCACCGCCGUGCGAUUUUUGUUCUCAUCCUGAAGCAAAGUUCUUAACCCGAGGUACUAUUUCUGGGUUAGCAGAGUCUGUAACCUGAAGUGUCAGUAACCUGAGGUACCACUGUACUGAAGAUAUUUUGCACACAUAACUUUAGUACGUAUUAGCAGUUUCCUUAUAAGGAGUGGGUGGGAAGAGCAAGCCUUUGAUUAAAGAAACAAAAGCUAUGAAAUACAUUUAUUUUCCCAUAGUUACCAUGGCGGAGCUUGUAAGGUUCUUGCUCCACAUUUUUCAGAGGGGGAGGGGUAAACUGCAUUGAUUAUUCCCAGCAACUGCUUCAGCUUAUUACAUUUUGGAACUUGCAUCUGUUUUUAAUUAACUUUAUAAACACUUGAAGGCAACUGAAGUUCAUAAUCCAGCAUGAUCCUUGAUCAUAAAGUAUGUUUAAACAGUAGAGAUAGUGCUAAUGAGCUGUAUCCAAACAAAUUUGUCAACUCCACUUCUAGCAUGAGAAGGAAAAUGCUAAUAGGUAGAUGAAAUUUUGAAUCACUGACCUUGUUAAAUAAUUCUAGUUAUGCUGCAUUUACUAGAGAGAAGAGAACACCAUUAUCUGAACCUGUUUGUUCUUCAAGCACAAAUGUUAAAUCCUGCUAAAAUCAGCUCUCCUAUAAAUGAAAUUUGGGUGGUGGCGAGGGGUGUAAGGUGGUUGUAACUUCAUAAGACCUCAAAUUCCUACCAGCUUCUCUUUCUAGAUCUAUCUUGGAAAAACAUCACAUGGAAAUAAACAUCAGCGUAAUGUCUUCAAUGUGUAUGCUUUCUCAGGAAUCGCUCCAAAAGCAUUUCUGGGGAAGCAACAGUGGAAAAAGGUCUAAAGAUCACUUUAAAAUUACAGAGCUGUACAUUCCACUGGGAUGAAAGAUGACUGAUUUCAACCUAAUACUUCUAACGUUUAUGCCUGCUUGGGGAUAAUUCUUAAGGAUUCUUGUAGAAGUAUAGAAUGUUAGAAGUAUCCCUGUGAUGCAUAUUGUGUUUUGGGAAAGGUCUGCUAUUUCUUUCUAUGUUUGGCUGAGUGCAGCAUUGGUUUGUUGGUUUGGUUUCAUUAAUUACACUGGUCAACAACAAAUCUGUUGUCUGCGUUUUUUCAGCUGAUUUAGGAUGAAUCUGAUGCGCUGAAUCCAAAAAUCACAUUGGUUUUGCUCAAUCAGGUCAAGUUUUUGAGCUAUGGCCACAUGUCUUUUUUUACAUUUUUGUUCACAUGUACGCUUGUGUGGAGCAUUUUAGAAGAAGUUGGUGGGGGUAAAAUGCCUUGUCAAAUAAUUGUUUUGAUUGGAAAUGUUUAUUUUAAUGACAAGAAGUAUUCAGGUCCGAUAGUGCUGGGUGAUUAUGUCGGAAAGGGAUCGGUUUGAAGUCAUAAAACCUCGAAAUCUUCCAUAAAUUCGUCCAGCAAAGCAUAAAGUUGGGGGAUCAAAACUAAGUUAAUGGGGCAGCUGCCCCAUGAAGUAUCCUGAUCUUCAAUCAGCACGUCGUCCUGUAGCUCAUUGUGAUGAAAUUCCAGUGCCUAUCUUCGGAGAACUUCCUGACAUUAGUGACGAAGAUGCCUCCAGUGUUGAAGGACAUGAAGAAGAAGAAGUGGUUCUGGAAGAUGAUGCUCCACAUCCAUUUUCCCAAAAGGAGUUGAAUGAUCUAGUUCGCGACCUCAGCUUGUCAAAGGACUCUGCCGAACUGUUGGCAUCCAGAUUGAAGGAAAAAAACCUCCUCUCUGACAGUGCUCGCAUCAGCUUCUUGCACAAUAGGCAUCAAGAGUACCUCCGUUUUUUCUUGGAAAAGAAGGACUUGGUGUACUGUGCAGAUAUUGCGCAGCUUCUGCUCAAGCUUGGAGUGCCACAGUACAAACCCAAAGAUUGGAGACUGUUCAUUGACAGCAGCAAGCGAUCACUGAAAUGUGUUCUGCUACACAACGGCAACCAGUUUGCCUCUAUACCCCUGGCUCACUCGAGUACACUGAAGGAGAACUAUGAAGCGGUGAAGUAUGUGCUGGAGAAAAUUGGUUAUGAUCAGCAUAAGUGGUUUAUUUGUGUUGACCUGAAGAUGGUGAACUUUUUGUUGGGACAACAGUCUGGCUUCACCAAGUACCCAUGUUUUCUGUGCAUGUGGGAUAGUAGGGACCGUGCUCAGCAUUACAGGAAGAAGGACUGGCCUGUGCGGGAGGAAUUGGUGCCUUGCAAAGAAAGGAACGUCAUCAACGACCCUCUGGUGGACAGAGACAGAAUACUCUUCCCACCGCUGCACAUCAAGCUCGGCUUAAUCAAGCAGUUCACCAAGGCUCUGGACAAGGAUGGUGACUGCUUCAUUUACUUGUGCCAGGCUUUUCCAGGCUUGACCAUGGAGAAGUUGAAAGCUGGCAUCUUUGACGGUCCUCAGAUCCGUCAGCUCAUCAGAGAUCCAGAGUUCGGAAACUCAAUGAACGAAGUGGAACUGGAAGCGUGGAAGGCAUUUGUUCUGGUAGUGAAGAACUUUCUUGGCAACAAUAAGGCCAGAAACUACGCAGAACUUGUCAACAACAUGCUGACUGCUUUCAGAAACCUGGGCUGCAACAUGAGCGUCAAGAUGCACUACCUAUUUUCACAUAUGGACCGGUUUUCUGAGAACCUGGGUUCAAUGAGUGACGAGCAGGGGGAGAGAUUCCAUCAGGACAUGAAAGAGAUGGAGACCAGGUAUCAGGGUCGCUGGGACGCAGUCAUGAUGGCUGACUACUGUUGGGCUCUGAAGAGAGACCUCCGUGCCGCUGAGCAUUCCAGGAGUUCCAAGAAACAGAAGUUCAAGCCCUGAAGUUUGAAAAAUGGUGAAGCAACAUGCAAUUUACGUGUACUUGCCUUUAUCAAUGCCCACCAUUCAGUUUACAGAAAACCUGACCUGAUGGAGAGAAACGGAUGCCAUUUCCUGAUUCAGCAGUGCAAAAAUACCCUAAAUCAGUUGUAGAAAUCUAGACAACAUUCAAAAAGUAAAAAAUUGUUGCCCAGUGUUAUAAACCAGCUAUAACAUUCUGAACCAGAGUGAUUUGAUUUAUCUGUAUGUACUUGAUCCCCCUUUUUGAAUACCUGAUUUUUAAGUGCUCUUGAUAUUUUUUUCAGAUCUAACUUCCCUUUCCUUGACGCGCCUAUUUUGGAGUGCACGGAUGAAAGGCCCGCUGCUUAUAUUAGUAGUAAAAACUGCCCAUAGAACUUACGACAAACCACUAAGCACCACUGACCACAGCAUAAUUGAAUCCAGCAGCACUAGGGAGCAUGGAAGCUCUCUUGCUUUUAAAUUUUUUGUAAGGGCAAGGAGAGAGUGAUUUGGUAUUAAAGGCCAUGAAAUCAAACGUGAGGGAAAUAAAAUUCUGGGACUCUGUCUGGAAACACAACUUGAAUGAUACAAAAUUAAUUUCUACACCUUGAAAGAGAAAGGAGAGCAGGAGAGGAUGAAACUGAGUGGUUUUCUGAAGAACAAGGUUCACGGUGCUAAAGGGUUUAAUAGUUAUGACACAGUCUUAUGAGAUGCUGCAUUGAGGCAGUGACUUCUGGGGUUGGAGGAUAAGUAUUUAUACAUGGGACAGAACAGCUUGGGACUUGGUAACAGGCUACCCUCUGCUGACAGAAGAACGACUUCUGGGCACUUGCUGUGGUGCAUCUGUGCCUUUUAUAGGGGUAGUUAGUUAACAUUAAUGGGACGCGGGUGGUGCCGUGGGUUAAACCACAGAGCCUAGGACUUGCCAAUCAGAAGGUCGGCGGUUCGAAUCCCCGCGAUGGAGAGAGCUCCCAUUGCUCGGUCCCUGCUCCUGCCAACCUAGUAGUUCGAAAGCAUGUCAAAGUGCAAGUAGAUCAAUAGGUACUGCUCUGGUGGGGAAGCUAAACGGCGUUUCCGUGCGCUGCUCUGGUUCUCCAGAUGCGGCUUAGUCAUGCAGGCCACAUGACCCGGAAGCUGUACACUGGCUCCCUCGGCCAGUAAAGCGAGAUGAGCGCUGCAACUCCAGAGUCGGUCACGACUGGACCUAAUGGUCAGGGGUCCCUUUACCUUUACCUUUAGUUAACAUUGCUUUGCCAAGGACAUGGUUGAGGAGAGGACCCGACCAAGCUACAGACUUCCCAGCAGCCAUUUCUGACAACAGUAGCAAAAUAGCUUCAGCCAUCCCUGGCUGGGAAAGCCAGAGCAAAUAUGCCCAAGUCAAAAGUAACAGGCAUGGGAAGUCAAAGUUGUUUAUCAACCAAUUGUUCUUGGCUUCCCAGGCACAGGUUUAAUUUGCAGUAGCAAUACAAAGUCACUACAGAUCAGGGAACCUGGGCAGCUGAAAGAAUAGGAAGAGAAAAUAAAGAGGUAUAGUAAGCUUGACUUUGUUGAACUAAAUCCACUGUAAGGUUGCAGGAAAGCUUCUUAGGCAGUCGGAGCAGGAACACGCCACAGUUUCUGGAUUCUGCUAAAGCAGGAACAUCCCAGAGUUUCUGGAUUCUGUCCUGAGUCAAGAAAGCUUCCUAGGAGAAAGUAAUUACAUCAUACAAUGAGUGUUCAUUUGGCCAGUCUAAUAGCAAAUAGCCUAAUAGCAAAGGCUAUUUAGCCUUGAAUUCAGUCAUAUCCUUUCUUCUACUUCGUAUUGUUGUAUAGGAACUGGAAGCCUUUUGGUUUCAAAAAUUAAAAUCUUAAUAUUUUGGAGAACAGCCUCUUCUCAUAUGUUUAUCUGAAAGAAAGACAGUGUAAUACAUUUGCCAACUGAGAACAAUAAUUGAUAUGCAGCUGCAGAAGGAAGCAGGCCAUGUCUUCAGAAUAGUACACAUGUAGCAGACCUCUCUCCACAUCAGUUGUGAGAUCACUUUCAAAAUGGUGACAUAGCUUUGAUUGACAACUAGUUCUUACAUUAUGACAUGUAUUAUAAAAUAUUUCAUAUAUUUACUAUCAUGCCUCGUGUAUGUGUUCUUAGAAGAGCAGGAGAUGUGAAUUUUUAAUAAUUGAUCUUGGUAAAAGAGAACAGAAAUGUUGGUUUAAUUCUUCUUCAGUUGAAAGACGUAUCUUGCUCUUAUGUCAUACUUUGCCUUCUUUAAACAGCAGCAGAUCCUGUUUGGUUUUUAUGCUUUCUUUAAUCCAGUCAAAGCCACCCUACUUUAAGGGUUAAAAUGAAUAAAGUGAAUGCUUUUCUCCUGUGAUUGACUUUUGGCACAGGAACAUUAGCCAGCUUCAAACUGAGUAAAUUACUUGUGCUAUUGUGGUGACAGAGGUACUUACUUACAUCUUUUAAGUUUUUACAAAGAGUAUCUAAGAUUGCUUUAGUGUUGACUAAGAGCUACACUGUAAAGGCUCUUUUUGACAGACAGCAUAAAUCAUACUUUGAUAAGUAGUUUUUUAUAGCAGAGUUUUGAUCACAAAGUUUAUUCCUAAAUUUACAUUUAUGUGGAGUACAAUCAUAAAAGACUGGAGCUAGAAAACUAUCUCAAAGUUUCCUAAUCAAUUUAUUACUUACCCUUUUAAGUACUGAACUGGAUUUGUGGAAACACACAUGUGUGCAUGCUCUCACACACGAAAAGCAUAUUUUAACUUUUGGGACCAACCAAAAAGCGUAAAAUAGCAAGCAAGCUGAGACUGGUGCUUAACAUUCAAUACCAUGAAGAAACAAUAGUGUCUUGUGGCACCUUUAAAAAAAAACCAAAAACCCCACAUUUAGCCUUUAUUUUGGCUUCAGCUUUUGUGCACCAUCCACUCCAGCACCAGUAGUGGCCAUGUACAAAAAAACAGUUGUUGAUAAUGCAUACAUCCUGCCACUAGUAAGCAAUUAACACACAAAGUGUGCUAAAAAUCCAGCGUGCUGUAAGUGUUAGCACUAAACCCUUUAAGUUCAGUGUAAGUAUCCAUUUAAGUUGGGAUAUGUUUCAGGAUGUCUGCAGAUGGGGGAAAAUGUUCCAUGUGGAGCAUUUCAGUUUGAAUCUAACCGGCUUUCUCCAAACAGACUGCCUAUAACUGCUGAUCAGCAGUUAACAGGGAGCUCCUUUGAAGGCUUGCUUCCAGUGCCUAUCAGAUCAUUGGCACCAAAAACAUGUCUCUGAACUUUUAACAGGUGUCAAUCACCUGACAUCAUUACAACAGGUCCUGCCCACCUGUCAAAAUAUCAAUCCCAAAAAAACUCUGCUGAAGAUUUUAGAGGCUUCAUUUAUUUGCAGAGUUAUGCCCAGAAUCCGAAUAGAGACAAAACUGUGAUUUGGCUGGCGAAGGAAAAAUCCCGGUUUGAUAGUUUAUUAUGCUUAUUAUAUUUGUUUAUACUAUAGCUAAGAUGGUUCUCAUUCCAGCAGAGGCUUGAUUUAUAUCUUCCUUCGAGAAGGAAAUGUGUGCAUACCUUCCAUGUUCAACUAGUGGCACAGAACUGAAGCCAGCCAUGGAGAACGUAGGCAAGUAAAACAAGGUAGAUGUACGGCAGCAUCCACUUCAGGAAAUAAACUCUGAGUCCAGGAGCAAUGUAAGGCAGAAAGGAAUGUCCCUCCAGUAUCAGGUUUCAGGGUUCAAUAAAACGAAUUAGAGUUAAAAGUAAUGAGCAGUCCUGAAAUAAAGUCUCCGUGUGGGUGUUUGUUUAAAGAUGCAGGUUGGCGCCAGAACCGUUCAGGUUACAACUAAUAUUUUGCCUAAAGGUGUUGUAAAUAUAAGUCUUCCGUUUCCUUUUAAGAAGUUAAAAACUCACUUUAUGUUUAUGUCCUAUUCUGGAGCUGAACCUGAACGUGUUUUCCUUUGCAAAUGUCACCAAUGAGAGUGUAGAACCGGAAGCAGAAGAACAGAAAAAGUAAAACCCUGACAGAGCACUGGAGAAAUAUUGGCUACACUUCAGAAGGCUUAAUGGAUUUCAGAAAGCUAUGAACAAGACAAAUCAGCAUUUGCGACUUCAGUUGUAUGUGAAACAAGUGGCAGCCAUUAUUAAUGAAGAAGUGAAUUGGAGCAUGGUGUCUCUAGACAAAAUGAAUAGAUAUUGGUCAGUGAUGCAGUGUUUAACAUAUAGGUAUCAACACUGAAGCAGAUAGUGUGAAAAUGAUCAUAAGCAGAAACUCUCUUCAGGUGUUGAUGAAGGAAUAGGUGAUGUCGGCAUUUUUAAAAAUCUGAACUCUUCAUACUGACAGAUGCAGCUUUGUGUUAAUGUCAGAGCUUUUACCACACAAUAAUGGAGCCAUUUCCGUCGCCGGGAAAAUUAUUGCAUGGUAACUUACAUACCUGAGCUACUUGAUCAUUCUCUGUAAUCAGCUUUAGCAAUAAUUCUCUCAUUUCACAUGCUAAAGCAGGGGUCAGCAAACUUUUUCAGCAGGGGGCCUGUCCACCGUCCCUCAGACCUUGUGGGGGGCCGGGCUAUAUUUGGGAGGGGGCGGAAUGAACAAAUUCCUAUGCCCCACAAAUAACCCAGAGAUGCAUUUUAAAUAAAAGGGCACAUUCUAUUCAUGUAAAAACACACUGAUUCCCGGACCAUCCACGGGCCGGAUUUAGAAGGCUAUUGGACCGGAUCCAGCCCCUGGGCCUUAGUUUGCCUACCCAUGUGCUAAAGCUUUUUUUGGUCAUCUGAAUACUAUCCCUUGCUUUUUCCUAUAGGACUAAUUGCAGUCACUAACAGUUGUCAACAGGUUUACCAUAUCCAUUGAGUCAAUCAUCCAUCUCCUGCUACCCUUCUGAGAAAAACCCCAUCCCACGCUUCACCUAUAUAUAAGGGUCUGGUGACUUCUGUUUCAGUGUAUCUGAAGAAGUGUGCAUGCACAUGAAAGCUUAUACCCAGAACAAACUUAGUUGGUCUCAAAGGUGCUACUGGACAAUUCACCCCCCCCCCCCCGACACUGUCAGACCAACACAGCUACUUACCUGGCUCUGGAACAGAAUUGGUUCCUUUUUGGAGGGGGCAAAAGAGUUACUUCAGUUAAACUGCUGUGACCCUAGUGUAGGUUUUCAACCAACGUUAAAAUAAUACUGGCUUUAAAUGUUAAGUUUUUAUGUGUCCUGGCAACAGCAUGUAGACAACACUCCAGGUGAGCUUAUUUUUCAGACAUGUAAUGCAUUUAGAGUAGACAUUUUUGUGACUCUGAGGUCUUCCUGUGUACCGUAAGCUUAUAACAAUAAAUCUUUUCUAUUGUAGUUUUGAAGGAAUGCACAAAGAUCAUGUAGUAUUGUAGCAGCCAUAUAUUCUUCCCCAGACCAUCUCAGCCAGAUGCCAAACAUGGCAAAUUAAAAACAAAAACAAAAGUGAUUUUGGAUGACUUGCAUAUGAAAACUGAUUUUAAUUUCCAUCUGCCAUUUAAAUCUCACAUAGUUUGCCUGCUGCUUGGUAGGAACAGUGAACAAGUAGAUUCUCUCUGGUAUCUGGAUUCUUGUACAUGCACAAAACUUGGAUAGGCAGAGGAACCUGAGGUGUAUUUUGUAGGGAUCCUGGUGUGAUAACUCAACUGAUGACAUUCAUUCUUGAUUUCUGAAGAGCAACCAAAAUCCACACACCUCUUUCAUCUUCAAGUGGAACUUGGACGGUUCCUUUAAAUGUUCUCCUAAUGAUACGCUUUCUAAAAACAACACUGUUGUCUUGAAUCACCAUAUCAGUAUCUAAAUAUAAGGUCUUGUGCAUUUUGAUAUUACUUCAUUUGUCAACAAAUGCUUCCUGUUCAUCUGGCCGCUGCGUUAAUACACCCAUAUUUCUUUUCUUACAGUUGAUGAAGGGAAUGUGAAGGAAUUGGGUCAGGUUCGGAUUCUGCAUAAGAGAACAGCCAUGCGUUACAGUGUGUACAAGAGGAGGAGGAAGGGGCCAAGCGAUGAAGAAAGUGUUCGACAAUAUGCAACUCUAGUGGGGCAGGCGUGUGCAGAGCGAAUGUUGCUUUUCAGAAGCUGAGGUGUCAGUUCUUGAGGUGUUCUCCAGCACUGUAUCUUAUUGCACAACUGCCUAUUGUAUGCCCUUGUGUUGAUAUGCCUAUUGAAAAUGGAGGCACUUUAUAUGAAUGAAUACACUGGCUUAUCUUAAAAGAAAAUACCCUUUUUUUCACCUUUCUGCCAAGGGUCUGGCAGAAUAUAAAGGCCCUUUGUUUUAUUUUGCUAUCAUGAUCCCUUCCUUGCAUUCUGAAAAGUGUGCAUGGUGUGAAGUACAUAAAUGGUCUGAACACAAUUUUUCCUGUAGGUCUUUGUAGUUUCCUCUUAGGGAGAAUAUUUGAAGUCACUUGGGUGCUGACAUGUAUCAAAGCUAUGGUGAAAUGUGUGUAAGUUCCACAAAUGGGAGGCUAAAAUGUGCAGUUGCAUGCUACUCUGUUCCAGAACACAGUUAAACUAUGGUGCUUGGAAUUAAGCCUGUUUCUGUCCCAGUGAAUCCAAUAGCAAAACCCAGUUUAUUCUGGCUUGUGGACUUUAUAUAAUCUGUACUAUAUGACAUACAAAGCCAUCUAACGUAAACCUAUGCACUGUAGCUUUAGAGAGUCACUGCAAUUUUUAAUUUUUGCUUUAAAGAAUGUGUAGUAGUCUUUAAAUACCAAGAAACAUGGAGGUUUGGUUUUUGUAAUUAAAUUGUUACUCUGGAAAAUAUUGGAAUUGAAGCCAAGGUUAGGUUUGUGGUCAAAUUACCAAAGAGAUUACUUUAAAUAAAACAGCAGGUUGAUGUUGUACCUUGAUGUACAUCCCACUUUUUUGUAUUUGUAAUGCCUAUUUGUGUUCAUUGCAAAAUUCUAGAAUUCCAUUUCUAUAUAUAUAUAUAAAAUCUCAUUAAAAAUGCUUUUUUUAUCUUCAAAACACAGAAGUGUCCCUACUACUGCCAUUAUAGUUGUAUAUCCGGCACUGUUGCUCUCACUCAUACUUAGGUUCUUUGUUUUAUUAAAAUUGCAAAGUACACAGCUGUAAAUGUGAACAUAUGCUUUUAAUUGGAUUGGGAACCUAAUUUUCAUAGAAAUCCUUUUAUCAAUUUCUGUGUCCGUGUCUGAUAGAACACGCUAUAAGAAUUCAGCAGUGCAUCUGAAAUUUACUUACCGGUACGUUGCUGAUUAAACAAUACUCGGUAUGACUUGC